AUGCACUCUUUAAUUCAACUCCUUACAGUUUCUUCCGCUCCUACUCUUACCAUCAACACCCUCCCGGAAGAAGAGGUGUUACCUAUAGGGUCCAACGUAACAGUAACUUGUACCAGUAACACUUCGAAAGAUGGUAUUGCCGACCCAAUAUACGACAUGCCAUAUUGGAUGCAAAUCGAUUUCGGCCAAGAUAGCCGUUUAAUCAUGAUAAAAAGUUGCGGUGGUCGCAGAAGCGACAGGGAGCAAAGCAAGGUUUGCAGCUAUGUCAUUCACAAUGCAUCAAGGAGCGAUUCUGGUAAUUACACCUGUUGGACUAGAAAUUCUUGGAGAUGCACAAUGGGGUCUAUUCAGUUAGAUUUCAAAGGUAAUAUUGACUUACAGUGUGUUGAAUGUUACUGUAGUUAAUAUUACAAUAAGUGUACGUGAUUUCUACGAAAAAACAAGCAGAAAAAAAUUAUUUAACUAAAGGCUAAUCAGUCAAGGUGAUCCAACGUCACAAACGCAAACGUCCACCAGUUCCAUUCAGGAGUUCACCCUUUAUUUUAUCCCUUUUCUCGGCUGAUAUAAAAUUCAAAUUUUUGUUUUAAAAUCAGUUUCUUUUUUCAUUGUUUGUUAUUUUCUAUUUUUUAUUUUAUUUUUACAGAAAAAAUUCCUCCAGUUUUCACUGUGAACCCUCCAGUACAAAUGUUAAUAUCUUCCGGUGGUAAAGCCAGCAUGACUUGUAAGGCAUCAGGUUUCCCAAUCCCUCUAAUAACAUGGUUCAAGGAUGGGAUUCCUGUACCAAGGGCAAACACCACUGGAGACAAGGGACUCUCGAUCUUGACUCUUGAAUUUGUCAAACCAGUUCACCAAGGAAAAUACUGGUGCGAAGCAAACAACUCGGAUGGCUGGCAAAGAUCACUUAUUACAAAACUGAGUUUGAGCCAAGGUAAGUUGUCCUUCUUUUCAUCUCUGGAAGUCAAGGAAGCGAAUCCGCAGUAGAAAAACCAGAAUUUUCUUUGGCGUUACUAUAAUCUAAUUUUAUGGCAAAGAGCUGCAAACACGUUAAUUUGCCAUAGGUAGUUGUUUGUUUGUUUGUUUGCAUGCUUUUUAAUAAUGAUAACACGUAAUUUCUACAAAGUCUCAAGUCUAGGUGGUAGUCCACGAUGGUGAUAGAAUGCCUCAUAUAGCCCUGGUAAGGAGUUGCCUUUGGUUAGUAAUCGACCAUUCAAAAAUGUCAUAAAACGUUUAUCGUAAGACAGAAGACGUAUUAAAGGUCUUAUGUUUCAUAGUCCCUACCUUAGAAACUUGCCCUGUAGCUAGGAGCUAAAGUACUCACAAUUAAGUUGUCUUUAUUAUUAUACACAGCCUUUCGAGGACAAGACUUUUCCUGUUUUUUUCUUUUUUGUUUUAUCUCAGUAACUCAAAAAAUGGAACGAAAAAUUAGUAGAGGGCUCUGAGCGUCGGUUAUUGUUCAGAGAAAUCAGACCUGCUCACUCAGUAAGACUACAAGAUAACUCAAUGAAGCGCUAGGCGGAGCCCACCCCAGAGCGCAUGCUCCAUCCAGUGCUGAAUCCAAAAAUCCAUGUCCGCUUUCCGCUCGCCUCAUAUAGGUAAAACACGUUCGUAAAGUUGAUUUUCCUUUUUUUUUAGUUUUCUUCCGUUAUUUUUCCUCCAGUGCCAACCAUUUCAACUCAUCCGAAAAACGUGUUCGUGUCAUUCAAAGAAAAUAUUACUUUAGUUUCCUUCGCGUGUAAGGCCACUGGAUCACCACCACCGGUGGUAACCUGGUUAAAGAAUAACUUUACGCAGGCCAAUGCGACAGUCGUUGAAACUGAUGGAAUGUCCUGGCUCAUUCUUCUUCUGGUAAAAAAUGACGAAAACAGCUUGAACAAAUACAACUGCUUCGCAAGGAAUUUAGUAGGGAAAGCUUACUCUAAUGAAGCAACCGUGAUCAAAACACAGACAUCAUUUCCAGAUAAAGGUAAGGCUAGCUUUACUAACAGCCACCACGGGUACUGCUGUUAGGAAAAUACAGCUAACGACUCAAGCUCUGCUGUUUAUUGAGUUGAUUUUUAAGUACAUCCAACAAACUCAAAUCAGGGCAUGGAUAGCUCUUUCAGCAAAACAUUAACAACAGUAUAACAAGUUGUGGCUGAGAGGGCACCUGUGGAAAAUAAAAUCGAGACUGUCGUAAGCGACCACCGAAAAAGUGGUGUUAACUUAGGGCUGGUCGCUUACGAGAAUGAGCUCUCGGAGCUCUCGUAAUUGUUCUCGGCUGAUAACACCCUCCUCGUUCUAUAUAAUUCUUCUUAUGAUACUCAGCCUUAUCUUAUAAUAUUAUUGUAAAUUAUCGUUAUCAUGAUUCAUCAUCAUCAUCGUCAUUGUAUCAUCAUCAUCAUCAUUAUCAGGCUUCAGAUAUAUGAAAGGGUAGGGAUUUUACUCGUUGAAGUAUACGAAAGGUUAAGGAAAUCUGUAAUUUGGGUAUGUGAAAGGGCUCGAAGAGCUAACAGAUUAAUUCUAUGGCCUCAUAAAGUCGAGAAAACGUUCUAUUUUUGUGAUUGAUUCCUAUUUAAGUAACAGUGCUUUUACAGCAGUUAAAAGGGCUGCCAAGUUCUAAACAAGGUAUGUAUGUGAAAGGAGUACCAUUUGUCAAUAGUAGGUAUACGAAAGGGGCACUUAUUUCAUGAAAAAUGUCAAAAAGGUUAAGGGGUUGGACCCCUGGGCAGAGCCUCCCCAUUUAAAAAUUGUUGAGAGUAUCCACCUCCCCCCCGCUCCCCCCAGGGAUGCGACUAAUAAAAUUGAAACAAUUUUUCCUUAGAAAGCACUGUCAUCUCUUUCUAUCGCCAUCCGGCAAGUCUCGCUGCCUCCCCUGCAUGGUGAACACGUGAUAUUUGCAUGUGCUGUCGAAGGAUCUUCAGCACCCUCGAUUAUUUGGCUGAGGAAUGGUUUGAAAGUCGUUGAUAAUAAGGCCCAGACCUAUCAGGGAAGAGAAAGCACAAUCUCAGAGCUGCACAUUCUUAACGUUCAAGAACAUCAUGCUGGUAACUACACCUGCAAGGCAGCAAACGCUAUGGGGAGUGGCGUCUCAAAAAAUGCAUUGCUUUCCUUAACAGGAAAACCUGACUCCGCGAAAAGCAAGUUAUAUAAAGUUUCUUUAUUGUAAGGUUUCUUGAUUUUGUGUAAACUAAUCGUCAAGAGGGCAUAUGGAAGAAUACAAGAUGGCUUGUUCUGGUACAGCGCCAGUUUUGCCUGAAUCUAAGUGACUACGAAGACUCAUGCAAGGGGAGAAUGGAAAUACUAAUUAACUCCAUUUUGUAUCACUGCCAGUAUUGUAUUGACCCUUUGAAGUUACUUGUAUUAGGUGACUGUAAGAAGACGUAUUGCUCGAGCACUUUAAUCUUAUAGAGAACUAGGGUUCUAUUAUAAGUACAUGAAUGCAGUCACCGUGGGAGAAUAACACGUGUAGCAGGGCUUGUGUAUAUCAUGUCUCCCUCAGCUCGCUUCUCUCCCUAUGAUUUUCACUGAAGCCGCUGGAAGAAAUUAAUGGGAGAGGACUAUAGGUAAGAUGUCAACAGUAAGGAUGCAUGAUGUCCACGUAUUUCCAUUUCAUUUAACUUUCAUUGUCAUUUCUAUUUACUUCAGGAGACACCUCACCCUCUUCAAGAGUUUCUUUGCUUUUCUGGAUCUUAGUCGCCGCUGCCGCGGCAUUGAUUCUUGUGGUGGGGGCUUUGUUAUUUGUUGUCCACGCAAAGCACAGAAAGGCCGGAUUUAACGUCAACAAAUAAGUUAGUAUAAAACAACAACAACAACAACCGGUAGACAGUUCAUUUUUUUUUAUGCAGCAUUCACAUAAGCGAGUUUUCUCAAGUCCUGUGCUUUGACAUUAACAUUGGUCUCCUUCACAAGUUAUAAAGUUGAUGAAUGUUUAACAAUUAUUCCCCGAGCCCGAAUGGGCUCUGAGUCAAUAGCCCAUGAGGCCGCCGAAGGCCGAAUGGGCUAUUGACUCAGAGGCCAUGGGGGGAGGAGGAAUAAUUGUUUUAGUAAAAUCCAACGUAGUUGGUCAAAAAUAUCGAGACAAAGCAACUUAAGCUAGCAAAACGAGAUUCAGCUGCCAUUAUUUUGGUUUUCAAAGCCGGGGCUUUUCGCUAAUAGAGGGCUAAAAGAUAUAGCCUGGUAGUAGCUCAACCAAUCAGAACGCAGCAUUAAUAAUAGACCACCAGCUGGAUUUUACUAAAUAGUAUUAGUUAAUGUGGUCUAAAAUGUAAGAAAAUUAGUCAAUCCUCGCUGCCUUUUCUUUUUUUUUUCCCUUCCCUUUCCCCGACCUUGUGUAGUGUUUGUCACUUAACUUGUUCACUUUUUUUUUCCUGAGGCAACUAUGAUAUGAAUUCUAAGCUAAAUUUCAUUUUCUUGUUGGCCCGACUACCUUAAUUAUCAUGUGUCAAUCAAGCACUUACGGCCUACAACAGAAUUAGAGGGUGUUUCAGAAAACCAUUUUAAAUUUGUCCAGUCCUCACAUCUAAACCAUUGUUGUUUAUAGUGUCAAGAAGGUUUACGCCUUAGCCAAGACUAUUAUUCUUAAAAUAAACAACUUACAAACAGAUCUGGAGGCCCACUCUGUGUAUUAGACUUCGUCUGUUGAACAAUUUUCAGAUUCGAUUUUGGAUAUCCUGAAUAUUAAUAGGGGCUAAGAAGAUUUUAGAUAUUUCGCACAAAAUCAAACCUCAUAUUUCUUUUAUUGCAUGGAACACAAAUGACUGAUUACUUUGGAAAAUCAUCCAUUAAGCGUGCACUUUUAAGGACUAGCUAUAUAGCUUCAACUUUUGUUCUCAUAACUGACUAAUAGAUAAUCUAUAUGCUGCUUAUCAGAAAUAACUGUUGCUACGUGUAAUCCAGCGAGAAGACAAAAUAAUAGUGAAUUGACAAUUAGGUAUAACAAUUUUAAGUAACAGGUUCUUAGACCACUUCUUUGCUUUAAUAGUCUUGUCUGCCUCUCACGUAUAGCCCUAGCAGGAUAAUUCAGUUACAUUUGUGCAUGAAGAGUGUUUCCACUAACGCCGAAAAUUUUUCCAUUCUUUCACAGUUCAAGGAAGAACAGCGAUAUUCAAACCCGGUUUACAUCAUUCAAUAGCUAACAGCUGAGGAAAAGCAGCAGACGGAUGGAGAAUACUCGUUUAUGAGCAGAGCCUCGAAGCUCACUAAUGUAAUCUUCUACAAAUAUAUAUAAAGUCAGCCACUAAAAGGAGAAUUAACCUUAAAACACGAAAUUUAAUGUGGAACAUCAUGAAAAGCAUGAUAUUGCAUAUAUACAAAUAUAAAUUGAGCCCGAGUCCUGCAGUGAGAAGCUUGAAAGGGAAGCAGCGUUUUUUGAGAGUCCAGACAGCACUGCUUGAAAGCAUGCUGAAAAACUGGACCUGGAGGCCUUAACUUUUUGAAUACGUCGUCAAAUCAGUAAAAACCUUAGCCUGAGUAAAUAUACAAUCUCCCUAAGUUCAACUUUUUUUGUCCCACACGCUUUUACCCGUGCCUUUAAUAAAGAGGACACCAAUAAAAAAGUAAAUAAAUCAAAUAACGAAAAAUCAAAAUUUUUUGUCAUGCACGGUUUUGUUUAGUUGCUAAGAACGGAUAUUUUCCAGUGUGUAUAGUGCACAACAGACUCUUGAGUUGGGAGAGUGAUCACCUUCGGAGACCUAUUAAAAUAGGUCUCCGAAGCGAAGAUAUGGCUACGUAUUCUGUCGAAAAUCAUUGGAACCGGAUGUAACUUACCAUAUAUAGACUAUAUAUGGAUCAGGGAUACAGGAUGUUUUCAAGGAAUUCAAACCGGAUCCAAAUGAGCUGUAACCUGGAUAAAUAGACAGGGACACUUAACGGUCCAAUACUGGCAAGUUGCAUGACGCACGGUGCGAAGUUCAAAAAGCUUUCGGAGUUUCUGCACAGAACAUGUAUGCCGAGAGCGAGAUAAUUGGUUCUCAUGGGUCGCAUCAAUUUGCGCCCUGAUGUAACUGAAGGCUUCACUGCUUUUUCCUUUUCCCCCAUUUUUUUUUUUCCGCGACUUUCUUCUGUAUGGCGAAUAUGACCAAAUGAAGGCAACCAAUAAAUUUCUUCCGGUGGCGUGUCAAUUAAUUCUUAAUUUCUGCGCCUAAGUACGAAGAACAGGUGCCCAUUUUCCAUCAGAAAAGACGGCUGAACUGACACUAAUUAUAAGAGGUCAUCCAAAAACCGUUGCUGCUUUUAGUUUUGCUUCAUUACUACUCUCCGAGAUUGUUUUAAAAAUAACUGAGGAGUUCAUAAGCUUAUAAAUGUUAAAACGUAAUUCCUGGGUGACACAAACGUUGAGGAGAAUCGGUACAUACAAAUAUAUGCGAUGGUUAUAAUGGUCAGCCCGUGACACUAAUUUACAUCCGUUAGACACUGAUUAAUUUUUUACUAGUCCUAAAGAAUUCGGUGGAUAAACCAUUGUUCCUUAUUUCAUAUCACUUACAUCAUCAAAAAGGAGCGAAAGGCAUUUCAAGGGCUUUAAAGCAAAGCAUGUAUAAUUUAUAAAAUAACUUAUCUCAAAAAUUGUGCCAGUAAAGUGGUCGAGGGCGAAUGAACUAGCUUGAAAUUAGAGGUUAGGGACGCACGCACUCGUGUGACAGUGUUACCCAGAAGGAAGAGCAUGACACGGCAUAAAUAUACGAAAGUGAUAUCCCGUAUAUUCAAACAGCAAAACGACCGGAAAUAAUUCGUCUUAAAAGGCUAAUGGAAGAGAAAUUUUGAAGGUAGGUUGGUGUCUGAAUGUCAGUGUUCUUGUUCUCGCCACAAACAGAAUCUCGCGGUAGAAUUUUGCUCUUCACCGAAUCAAAUCCAUUGCGCUAUUAGUAGGAAAUUUUCCUUCACAAUUAUUAUCGUACGUUUAUUGAUGAUUCGUAAAACUUGCCAACGCAGUCAAAGGAACCGAGCGUCGAAACAUUUAUGGUCGGCUUUUUAUUCCAUACGAGGCCUUACUAUAAUCUUUUUCUUGGGAGAAGCUUUUAAGUUAUUUGAUUCUUCAAAUAUCACAGAUAAUAACGAAACUGUGUACUGUAUCAAGUGUAAAAUCAAAUAACAACCAUUAUCGGAAGCUACAAUAUUUGUAAUGGAUCUGACAUUUUAUCGAAAAUCCUCCCUAUUGUUUUACGUCUAAUAGCUGUCUCAGUAUAUACGGUAGCCAUCGAUUCUGGGGGUAUCGUGGCCGAAAACAACGACGCAUGCAUGCUAUUCACGCUGAAGUACCUUUUUAUUGCUGUGUUAAAAUUUGUUUGUUAAUAUUCGCGCACACGGACCUUUCUUGACCGAGCUUGAUUAAGCUGGUAUAAAACAUAUGGAAUUGUCCACGCGUAUUUUGACAUGAGCUGGUAUGAACUGCCCAAUUUUUAUAGCACGAGAUAAAAUCGCUUUUGAGUCUAAAAGGCUGGAAAAACUGCCUGAGAGUUUGAGAGUUAGGCCUCUUGCAGUUAUUGUGUUCCUCGAAUUACUAGGACACAAGACCGUCAACUGGUCACUGCAAAUCAUCUCAUUCUUUCUAAGCGGGGGGGGGGGGGGGGGGAAGCGGGAAGGGGAGGUAUGGGUAUAAGUAAGUACCACGUCAAAUGAUAAAGUUUUUUUUACAUAUUUUCAGUGUAUUUUUUGUUCCCUUUUUUUAUUAUUUUUUCUAUUCAGAUGUUUAAAUUUUGAUCUUACUAAUUAUCCUUCGAUAGGGUUAUUCCUUUUAAAAUUUACCUCCCCAUUUUUAAUUUCACAUUUUCUUUUUUGGCAACGUAUAUCCAUAUUAGCCUAAAAGUAUGCAAAACUGAACUACCCUCUGAACCAUAAUAAAACUGUUCCACGUACUUAUUUAAGAAUUCGAAUGCAACAAAAUAAAAACGACCAGUCCAUACAAUUCUGCAUCUUCGAUUUUCUGUUGACUAAGAUGUUACUCUUUCGUUUCCGGGUUCACCCUUUCAUUCUAUUUAACCUUAAAUACAGUGGGAGUCCCUCUGCAGGUAGUAGCUCACUCGUACGUCAUGUUCUUAAUGAUUGGGCUCAUUUUACUCAGCAACGUUACGUCUAACCUAACCAGUGGUCCGCGCCUUAUGACAGCACCACAUUAAUCUCUGACAACUGAUGAAUUUGGUGAACGAGCAAGAGAUAAUCAUGGUGAGCACUCGACUUGAGAUAAUUUUUGUCAUAGUUCAAAUGCAGACAUGAUAAUACCCCUAACAGAGCUGGAGACAUGGAAACCGUCGUAACCCACAGUCUAUUUCUCGUGGAAGUGUAAUAAGUAGCAGUUCAUAAUGAAAUGGCAAGUCAAUCUCUUUUAAGAGUUUUUUUUUUUUACCUAAAUUCACAAUAAUUCUUAAUUCAUCUUCUCAAUUAAUAAGCAGUGCUGUCUAACAUCUAGUAUGUUCCCCUUAAUAGAUUACGUAACACAACGUAAAUGAUUCUCUUCGGAAUGUUCGCUUUACUACACAAAGUUGCCAGGGGCACCCAACGUCAAUUUUUGGAAAACAUCUGUUCGGAAGACGAUUUGAGAUCUAGAAUUUUCAGAACAUUUGUUGUAAAAUUUCUUGCUUGCCUGCCUCUCCUAGGAUUUUUCGAACAUCUGAAAAAUGCUAUCAUUGACCAUUUUUAACGGAUUUCUACUCGUAAAAAGGUCACCUAGAAUUUUCGGUAGCCUUUUCUCUGUCUGAGAUUUCCCUAUAAUUUUCGGAUCACUAGAUUUUCAGCUAAAAAAUCAGAACACAUGAAAAAUUGUUAGGGGAUAAAAACAUGCCUAUAUCUACCGUUUAAGUACUAAAAUACGUUAAACAAUGCUAUGUUUAAGUGGUUUUCAAUUAUAUUCUCGUUCGGUGCCAUUGAGUUCCUUAAUUCAAUCAGGAGAGUGAGAAAAAGCUUUAAGCUAUGUUUACACUAUACCGGAUAUCUUUUGCGCCGGCACCUGGAAAACUUUACUGAACGGGGUUUCUGUUCACAUAUAAGAACGGUGAUUUGGGCGCGAUUUCUGCCGGUGUCGGAACGAAGCUGCGCCGUGCUGAUCUCCAAAGUGGAGACUCAUACAUCGGGUAAGUGUUCCGUGAUACUAUACAGAAUAGCUUUUCGUAUUGGCACAAAACGUUAUCUGGUAUCUAGUGAACGUAGCCUUAGUUACCCUCCACUAAUUCCUUUAGCAAGUCGACCCUUUUUUUCUUUUCAAAUUCAGGAGAAUAGGGUCAACAAGGGUCGUUAUAACAUACUAUUUUUGGCACUUUUCUCCCUUUCUCAAUGUUUCAAGGAAACCUUUAAUCCGAUAAGACCUUGUCGUCUUAGUAAUGUCACAUGCAACCCGUAUUGACAGGUGGCCUGAGAGCCGCAUUACUAGCUGUGCACGUUCUUGAAACUUCUGUUACUUUUAGCCAUUAUUGGUCAAAAUAGGGAUUAUACUUCGUUCGUACCUAGACGAUCGAGAACAGACCGUUAAAAAAGCGUGAACUUACCCUAAAAGACUGUUUGAAGCUCAUCUAUGUUCGAGUUGGAAGAGUUACACAUCGGCUUUGAGCGGGAUACCAAAGUAAGCUGUCUACCUGUGUGUUUUUGGUGCUAACUUAAUUAGCCUCUAAUACCAUUAACACUGAAGCAACAGUAUUUCCUUAUUUCCUUGUGUCGCAAACUCUUGUAAAAGUAGUUUUGAAUACAGCUACCUGUUUUGGGUGUUUUCGAUCAGGAUGUAUUUUUUUUUUCGUUUUGUUUUGUUGUUUUAAUUUUUUUUUUUUUGCAAAACUUAUUAAAUUGUGUUUUCCUUUUCUUAGGGACUGGUAAUUGUUCAUGUGGGGUGGGGUGGGGGAUAUUUUUUGUUUUAGCAUGAAAGAAAAAACGUGACCCACCCCUUUAAGCCCAUUAGUUAAUUCUUGACCCACCCCCAUAUAACUUUAUAUAAGAGGUGACCCACCCCCAACCCCCUUCAAUCUAUACCUCUAUAAGGAGUUCCUGUUCACUGAACGAAAUCAGCAUAUCUUGUGGACCAGUAGUGUCCUACUCUGCGGCCACUUCUUGUUGAUGUGCCUUCUUGUAUUGUUACAGUAUGACUGUCAUCAUCUGAUUUACUUUCGCUUUCACUUUCAUCACACAAAACAAGGUCAUUGUCACUGUCACUCUCAUCACUAUCUUCACCAACAGUGAUGCUUGAAGGAAAUGUAGAUUCCUUUGAAGUUUCAUAAUAGUGUACUGUGAUUCGCUUAAUUUUGUCGAUUUUCUUUCCGUUCUUGCUAAGUUUAUUAUGCUCAAUAUAUUUGUCCAACUCGGAGACUUUCACAGUGUCAAGCUCCCCUUCUCCCCCUUCCCUUCUUAUUGAUAUUUAGUGCCCACAUCUUUGAUUCUCCAUACUUAGGUUGGAUUGCUACAUGUUGCUACAUUGCAUUAGAAUUAAUUUAGAUCUUCCACAUGAAUUUUAGUGAGUGUGAUUCUUUACAAAACACACAAUGACCCACCCCCAAUCAUCGUGAAAUUCUCUUUUGGCCCACCCCUUUUUUAAAAAAAAAAUAGGCCUGGCCCACCCCAUGAUUUCCCCCCCACACACACACACACACAUAAAUAAUGACCGGUCCCUUAUUAUUAUUUUUUAAUUUUGUCGGAUUUCUCAGGGCAUUUUUUACUGUCCUUUCUGAAACAUAUUUAAAAGAAAGUAGGCUUAAACUUGUAUUCUUCUUUCACAAAUGCUGUAAUUUAAUUCCGUUCAAUUUCUGUUAUGGCGUUAUUCAAACCACUUGCAAACCACUUAGGUGAAUGCUUUCCCUUUUCAUGAAUAUGCUGUCCGAUGAAAUCGAUUGAGAAACACCUGUUUCAAAGAAUUGAAUUUGUUCAAUCUUGCUGUGGCGUUAGUCGUAUUAGCCUUGCAAAUCGCUUAUAGCUACCUACUGUAGACAAUUUUCCCUUUUUCAUGAGCAAAACCUGUUGUUAAAGAAAAAUGUUACAUCAUCGCUCUGUAUUCGAGGAAAAUACGUUAUGUAACAACAACAAAAGGGUUGGCCGAUUCACAAUUUUUUAAACUUUCAUUGAUUCCCGCCAAGAAUAAAUAAGAAUAAAGACAGAAGUGAAAUGAGUGUUUCACACACGCAGGCUCACAAACUAGACCUCAUUGACAUGAAGUGCAUACCUUUAAAGCCAUCUACACUCUGAUCAUACAUUGUGCAACCAGAAUUGUGUACAGCGCUUGAUCGUGAAGUUUAAAUCUUAGAACCAGUGUAAUUUAUGACUCUCAGCUAUCAGAAUUAGCUUGGGGAUUACAUGUUGAAUGAUUGAACGGUUGGUUAUUAAAUCGGUUAAAUAAAGAUGCUUUCAUUGUUAUUACUUAAUCCUUAAUUUAUUGUCUUCCCAGUUGUUUUCAGGUCAAACUAGUAAGGGAACACGCUGUGUUAAUAUGCAGUUAUUCAUCUUCAUUUGCCUAGCGUAUUUCUACCUCGGUGAUACGUGCCCUCAAGUGCCAGUGGAAAAACUGCAUGAAGGUAUGCUGUAUAGAAACCGGCAACUCGACCAGUUGAAGUAGAUUUUACACCCUAAUAGAGAUACAGUAAAUAUAUUGUCCCAUAGCGCUCAUGAACAAAAAGAGUGAAGACGUUCCUUUAUAUUAGAGUGUGACAUUAUAUUGCUAAACGUGAACCUGUUAAAUCGAAGAGUACAAAGACCAGUCAUUUUUCUACUGUUAUCCUUUUAAUAGGACCGUUUACAAAAGUCGUGGCUUGGCUGUAGUACGACUUGAUUUCAGAUGGCGUAUUUAUGUCAGUCAAAAGAAGUCUAAAUGUCUUUAGUUUAUAACUCUAGUCAGAUCCAGGCUCUCAGUCGGAAGAAAAAAAAAACGCAAACUCCGACGCUAGUGAAAAUCGACCUUCUAAAACUAAUUACUAAGGACGAGGAUUAUGCCAUUAAAGGGAACAAUAUUUGCGAUUCACUGCAAUUCAUUCAUUGUCAUUACUUAACAUCACCAUUAAUAAUGCCCGGGGCAUAUAAAGAUGCAAGCUACCAAAUAAUCUCGUAUAUGUUCUUAUGGAGCGUUGCUGGAUUGCAGAAUUAGGAAAGAGCCUUUUCCUCGAGAAAUUCAGAGGAUUUAGUUUUAAUGGCCUAGGAGACGAUAUUCCUCCAAUCAAAUAGCAGCCGCCUUCGCCGAGUUGUGUUGUUCUAUUCCUGCUCUGUUUAUAGGCAGUUGAGCUACACUUUUUUACAUAUAUUGAACACGAGAACGAUUAGUUAACUUCUUGAUGAAGGGAAGUAGUUACUUUUUCCGUCUUCACCUUUAACAUCGCUGUUAAUGCCAUGCCGGUAAAUGGAACCAAAUCGACUUUUCUCUUGCUCUCUUGAUAACUUUUUCAGCUCCUCUAGCUCCUUUUCUGACUAUCGACAUCCUUGAAUUCCCGGAUGAGUACGUGGUGCCAGUGGGCUACAACGUAACAAUAGUUUGCACCGCCGACCGUGCAAGGCAAUAUCUCGGAGAUCCAGAUACCUCCCUGCCGUAUUCGAUCGAAUUCUAUUUGAAUGGCAGAAAAAAGAAUCAAUGCGGCGGUCAACGCAGCGAUAGAGAAGAAAGAAAAGUUUGCUCCUAUGUCAUCCGCAAUGCAUCAAAAGCGAUUCUGGCGAAUACAUCUGCUGGGUUCGAAACUCCUGAUCCUGCACAAUUGGGUCUAUUCAGCUAGAUUUCAAAGGUAUAUAGCAGCUUCAUUUUAAUCUGUUCGUUCAUAAUUCUGAAAAUGUCCUAACUUAAUUGGGACAUGCGUUGUAAAAUGCGUUUUUAAGCGCCUUGUUAUCGUGAUGAUUGUUAUCGUCAUCAUCAUCUCUAUUAUUGUAAUUAUUAUUAAUUCCUCUUUCGAAGGGCUUUUUCUGGGCAAACGAGAAGAAAGAAGAGACUUGAUUUUGACUAGCUCCAAAGAAAAAUAGGACGUAAUACCAGUUGCAUUUAUUCAGUUUGAAAGGGCUGGUAGUAAUUGAAGUCCUGACAGCCUAUCCUUCCUUCGCUAUUAACUUGGUUAAGAGUAUGACAUUACUGUUUCCUCAGUUAGUAAAAUGGGAAGAAAAAAGAGACACAAAAAAGGCUAGCUCCUAAGUAAACCAUGACGUAAAAAAGGGUGCAAUCAUUCAACAAUUUGAACGUCUUAGGGCUGGUAGCAAUUGCGGUUCUUAGUAACUAUAUAUGACUGAUACCGGUUACAAGUUAUAAAGCCGGGCUCGCUAAUAUAAAAUCAAGAACGUCCGCGGUUUAGGUUUCAAAAAUGUGGGUUUGCUUUUGUUGUUCAUGCACUAGUAAUAUUAUGGACUGUACAAACAAAGUAUGGUGAAUCUAUGCUAAGCCUUACCAUUCAUGCACCCACAAUUACGCUUGCUUGUUAUCCAUUUUCCUGUCUGGGAUACUUUUCCGCAAUUAUUUUUAGCAAAAUAAGCUAGUACAAAGUUAAUUGCUUUAGCCGCACAAAACAAAAACAAAAUAAAAGGGUAAGCCGGCCUAGUAAUUUGUAAAACUUUUUGUAAACUACGAUAAUCUAAACUAUCAAAAUUUCCUUUAUGAUUCAGACCCAGUAUCGCCAACUUUUUCUCUCGACCUGCCUCGACAAGUUACUGUUCCCUCUACAAGCAAAUUCAACCUGACUUGCCAAGCAUCCGGAAUUCCGCUGCCAACCAUCACUUGGUUUAAGAAUGGAAGUCCCCUCCUGCAUUCUCCAAUUAGUACUGUCAAGGGUCAUUCCCUGUUACGUUAUGAGUCGAUCAAAAGAGAAGACAAAGGGGAUUACUGGUGUGAGGCGAGCAAUUUUGCAGGUUGGAAAAGGUCAUCGACUGCAACUCUCACAGGUAAAUAUUAUCAUUUUUGUAUCACGGAUAUGUCCAGUGCUUCAGAGGGAAGAUAAGGUAGGGGCCCUCCAUAAAAAAACAAGUACUGGAUAUUAUAUAGCUGGAAACUUCCUAACAGCGCUCUUUCAUUAUUUACUUCGGGGUCACAACAUGACAUCUAACAAUAAAACUGUUUCCCGCCAAAAUCUCCGAGCGGGCAACAUUGCAAAAAAAUCUAUGACGUUACAGGGUAACACGGAAUGUUGACCGACAACCGCGAUUACAACGAAGUUAAAUGAAUUUCCUGCUUCAAAAUUUCCAGCUAUAUCAUAAAUCAAAAAGUUCUCAAUGUUUCCGUCGGCCUCGCCUCGGUAAAGCGUCCAUGUUAGGCCCACCAGACGUCCCGAAACAUGUAAUUACCAUGUACAACCAAUACCCUUGUAGGGGGCUCUUGAAACAUUUACCCAUGUUUACCCCUAGUUAACGUCGUUCCACCCCAUUUAAGCAUGCUUACCCCUAGUUAACUUCGUUUCGACACAUUUACCCAUGAUUACCCCUAGUUAACCUCGUUUUACCACAUUCACCCAUGUUUACCCCUAGUUAACCUCGUUUUACCCCAUUCACCCAUGUUCACACCUAGUUAACCUCGUUUUACCACAUUUACCCAUGUUUACCCCUAGUUAACCUCGUCUUACCCCAUUCAUCCAUGUUUACCCCUAGUUAACCUCGUUUUACCCCAUUCACCCAUGGUUACCCCUAGUUAACCUCGUUUUACCCCAUUCACCCAUGUUUACCCCUAGUUAACCUCGUUUUACCCCAUUCACCCAUGUUCACGCCUAGUUAACCUCGUUUUACCACAUCCACCCAUGUUUACCCCUAGUUAACCUCGUUUUACCCCAUUCACCCAUGUUUACCCCUAGUUAACCUCGUUUUACCCCAUUCACCCAUGUUCACACCUAGUUAACCUCGUUUUACCACAUUUACCCAUUUCUUACAACAUACCACCCAUCGGUGCGUAACCUUAAAAAUAUAUUGAUGCAAAACUGAAACUUAAUACAAAAUCAGCCUUUGCUGAAAAAUAAAUUUAAAGAUCCGCCAAUUAUAUCCUACAAGAAAGGGCAAUCUCUUAAAGACAUGCUUGUUAGGGCAAAAAUAUAAGGCAGCGUUCAUAACAAUGACCACAACAUAACGCAGUGAGUCGUGCAGGCCUGUCAUUGAUUAUUAUCACUAGGGGUAAACAUGGGUGAAUGGGGUAACAAGGGUAAAUGGGGUAAACAUGGGUGAAAAAACAAGGUUAACUAGGGUAAAAUGGGUGAAUGGGGUAAAACAAACUAGGGGUAAACAUGGGUGAAUGGGUAAAAAGAGGUUAACUAGGGUAAACAUGGGUGAAUGGGGUAAAACGAGGUUAACUAGGGGAAUGGGGUAAACAGGUGGGUGAACAUGGGUGAAUGGGGUAAACGAGGUUAACUAGGGUAAACAUGGGUGAAUGGGGUAAAACGAGGUUAACUAGGGUAAACAUGGGUGAAUGGGGUAAAAACGAGGUUAACUAGGGGUGAACAUGGGGAUGAAUGGGGUAAAAAUGAGGUUAACUACAUGGAUAAACAUGGGUGAAACACGGUAAACGAGGUUAACUGGAUAAACCUGGGUAAACAUGGGUAAAUGGGUAAAAUGAACAAACGGGUAAAACAUGGGGGUAAACACGAGUAAACGGGGUAAAACAUGGAUAAACUAAACACAGUAAACGGGGUAAAACAUGGAUAAACUUGGGUAAACAGGAGUAAACGGGGUAAAACAUGGAUAAACUUGGGUGAAUACGAGUAAACGGGGUAAAACAUGGCUAAACCUGGGUAAACACGAGAAAACGGGGUAAAACAUGGAUAAACUGGGGUAAACACGAGUAAACGGGGUAAAACAUGGAUAAACUUGGGUAAACACGAGUAAACAGGGUAAAACAUGCACAAACUGGGGUAAACAUGGGUAAACGGGGUAAGCCGUAGGUAAACUGAGGUAAACACGAGUAAACGGGGUAAAACAUGGAUAAACUUGGGUAAACACGAGUAAACGGGUUAAAACAUGGAUAAACUUGGGUAAACACGAAACGGGGUAAACAUGGCUAAAACAUGGAUAAAAACACGGUAAACACGAGAAACGGGGUAAAACAUGGAUAAACUUGGGUAAACACGGGGUAAAACAUGGAUAAACUUGGGUAAACAGGGUAAAACAUGGAUAAACUUGGGUGAAUACGAGUAAACGGGGUAAAACAUGGAUAAACCUGGGUAAACAAACACGAGUAAAACAUGGUAAAACAAACAUGGAUAAACAUAAAACAUGGAUAAACUUGGUAAACACGAGUAAACGGGCUAAAACAUGGAUAAACUUGGGUAAACAGGAGUAAAACAUGGGUAAAACAUGGAUAAACUUGGGUAAACACGAGUAAACGGGGUAAAACAUGGAUAAACUUGGGUGAAUACGAGGUAAACAUGGUAAAAAACAUGGCUAAAAACUGGAUAAACACGGUAAACACGAAAACGGGGUAAAACAUGGAUAAACUUGGGUAAACACGAGUAAACACAUGGAUAAACUUGGGUAAAACAUUGAUAAACUUUGCCAAACACGAGUAAACGGGGUAAAACAUGGAUAAACUGGGUUAAACAAGGGUAAACGGGGUAAGACAUGGGUAAACUUGGGUAAACACAAGUAAACGGGUAAAACAUGGAUAAACUUGAGUAAACAGGAGUAAACAAAAUGGAUAAACUGGAUAAACUUGGGUAAACACGAACGGGGUAAACGGGGUAAAACAUGGAUAAACUUGGGUAAACACGAAACGGGUAAAACAUGGGGUAAAAGUAAACGGGGUAAAACAUGGAUAAACUUGGGUAAACACGAGUAAACGGGGUAAAACAUGGAUAAACUUGGGUAAACACGAGUAAACGGGCUAAAACAUGGAUAACCUAAACAUGGAUAAACUUGGGUAAACGGUAAACAGGGUAAAAACAGGGAGAAACUUGGCUAAACACGAGUAAACGGGGUAAAACAUGGAUAAACUUUGCCAAACACGAGUAAACGGGGAAAAACAGGGAUAAACUGGGGUAAAAACGAGUAAACGGGGUAAAACAAGGAUAAACUGGGGUAAAAACGAGUAAACGGGGUAAAACAGGGAUAAACCUGGGUAAACACGGGGUAAAAAAGGGAUAAACCUGGGUAAACACGAGUAAACGGGUUGAAAAGUGGAUAAACAGAGUUAAACAUGGGUAAACCGGGUAAAUCAGGGAUAAAUUGGGGUAAACACGAGUAAACGGGGUAAAACAUGGAUAAAACUUGGGUAAACAAACGAGGAUAAACGGGGGAGUAAAACAUGGAUAAACUUGGGUAAACACGGAGGGUAAACAGGGUAAACAUGGGAUAAACUUGGGUAAACACGAGUAAACGGGUAAAACAUGGAUAAACUUGGGUAAACACUAAACGGGGUAAAACAUGGAUAAACGGGGUAAAAACAUGGAUAAACUUGGGUAAACACGAGUAAACGGGGUAAAACAUGGAUAAACACGAGUAAACGGGGUAAACAUGGAUAAAACAUGGAUAAACCUGGGUAAACGGGUAAACACGAGAAAACGGGGUAAAACACACGAGUAAACGGAAAACUUGGGUAAACACGAGUAAACGGGGUAAAACAUGGAUAAACCUGGGUAAACACGGAAAACGGGGUAAAACAUGGAUAAACUUGGGUAAACAAAACAUGGAUAAACUUGGGUAAAACAUGGGAUAAACUUGGGUAAACAGGGGUAAACACGGAAAACAUGGAUAAACAUGGGUAAACUACGGUAAACAGGGGGUAAAAACAUGGAUAAACUGGGUAAACACGAGUAAACGGGGUAAAACAUGGAUAAACUUGGGUAAACACGAGUAAACGGGGUAAAACAUGGAUAAACUUGGGUAAACACGGUAAACAUGGUAAAACAUGGAUAAACUUGGGUAAACACGAGUAAACGGGGUAAAACAUGGAUAAACUUGGGUAAACACAGGUAAAACAUGGAUAAACUAAACAAACGGGGUAAACACAUGGAUAAACCUGGGUAAAACACAUAAACUUGGGUAAACAAACAAACGGGGUAAAACAUGGAUAAACUUGGGUAAACACAGGGGUAAACAUGGAUAAACAUGGAUAAAACAUGGAUAGACAUGGAUAAACCUGGGUAAACACGAGUAAACAGGGUAAAACAUGGAUAAACUUGGGUAAACACGGAAACGGGUAAAACAUGGAUAAACUUGGGUAAACACGAGUAAACGGGGUAAAACAUGGAUAAACCUGGGUAAACACGAGUAAACGGGGUAAAACAUGGAUAAACUUGGGUAAACACGAGUAAACGGGGUAAAACAUGGAUAAACUUGGUUAAACACGAGUAAACGGGGUAAAACAUGGAUAAACUUGGGUAAACACGAGUAAACGGGGUAAAACAUGGAUAAACUUGGGUAAACACGAGUAAACGGGGUAAAACAUGGAUAAACUUGGGUAAACACGAGUAAACGGGGUAAAACAUGGAUAAACUUGAGUAAACAGGAGUAAACGGGGUUAAACAGGGAUAAACUUGGGUAAAGACGAGUAAACGGGGUAAAACAUGGAUAAACUUGGGUAAACACGAGUAAACGGGUAAAACAUGGAUAAACUUGGGUAAACACGAGUAAACGGGGUAAAACAUGGAUAAACGUGGGUAAACACGGGUAAACGGGGUAAAACAUGGAUAAACGUGGGUAAACACGAGUAAACGGGGUAAAACAUGGAUAAACUUGGGUAAACACGAGUAAACGGGGUAAAACAUGGAUAAACUUGGGUAAACACGAGUAAACGGGGUAAAACAUGGAUAAACUUGGGUAAACAGGAGUAAACGGGGUAAAACAUGGAUAAACUUGGGUAAACACGAGUAAACGGGGUAAAACAUGGAUAAACUUGGGUAAACACGAGUAAACGGGGUAAAACAUGGAUAAACUGGGGUAAACACGGGUAAACGGGGUAAAACAUGGGUAAACUUGGGUAAACACAAGUAAACGGGUAAAACAUGGAUAAACUUGAGUAAACAGGAGUAAACGGGGUUAAACAGGGAUAAACUUGGGUAAAGACGAGUAAACGGGGUAAAACAUGGAUAAACUUGGAAAACAUGGAUAAACUUAAACACGAGUAAACGGGGUAAAACAUGGAAAACUUGGGUAAACACGAGUAAACAGGGUAAAACAUGGAUAAACUUGGGUAAACAAAAAACAUGGAUAAACUUGGGUAAACACGAGUAAACGGGGUAAACAUGGAUAAACUUGGGUAAACACGAGUAAACGGGGUAAAACAUGGAUAAACUUGGGUAAACACACGGAGUAAACGGGGUAAAACAUGGAUAAACUUGGGUAAACACGAGUAAACAGGCUAAAACAUGGAUAAACUUGGGUAAACACGAGUAAACGGGGUAAAACAUGGAUAAACUUGGGUAAACACGAGUAAAACGGGGGUAAAACAUGGAUAAACUUGGGUAAACACGAGUAAACGGGGUAAAACAUGGAUAAACCUGGGUAAACACGGUAAACGUAAACAUGGAUAAACCUGGGUAAAAAACGGGUAAAACAUGGAUAAACGUGGGUAAACACGAGUAAACGGGCUAACAGGGGUAAAACAUGGGAUAAACUUGGGUAAACACGAGUAAACGGGGUAAAACAUGGAUAAACUUGGGUGAACACGAGUAAACGGGGUAAAACAUGGAUAAACUUGGGUAAACACGAGUAAACGGGGUAAAACAUGGAUAAACUUGGGUGAAUACGAGUAAACGGGGUAAAACAUGGAUAAACCUGGGUAAAGACGGUAAACGGGGUAAAACAUGGAUAAACUGGGUUAAACACGGGUAAACGGGGUAAGACAUGGGUAAACUUGGGUAAACACGAGUAAACGGGUAAAACAUGAAUAAACUUGAGUAAACAGGAGUAAACGGCGUUAAACAGGGAUAAACUUGGGUAAAGACGAGUAAACGGGGUAAAACAUGGAUAAACUUGGGUGAAUAGGAGUAAACGGGGUAAAACAUGGAUAAACUGGGGUAAACAUGGGUAAACGGGGUAACACAUGGGUAAACUUGGGUAAACACGAGUAAACGGGUAAAACAUGGAUAAACUUGGGUAAACACGAGUAAACGGGUAAAACAUGGAUAAAGUGGGGUAAACAUAGCUAAACGGGGUAAAACAUGAAUAAACUUGAGUAAAGACGAGUAAACGGGGUAAAACAUGGAUAAACUUGGGUGAAUACGAGUAAACGGGGUAAGACUUGGGUAACCCUGGGUAAACACGAGUAAACGGGGUAAAACAUGGCUAAACUUGGGUAAACAUCGGUAAACGGGUUGAAACGUGGAUAAACUGGGGUAAACAAGGGUAAACGGGGUAAAACAUGGAUAAACUUGGGUAAACACGAGUAAACGGCUUGGAACGUGGAUAAACAGGGGUAAGCAUGGCUAAACGGGGUAAAAGGUGGAUAAAUUUGGGUAAACAUGCAGAUAUGUAAAUUUUAUAUCUUCGGGACGUCUGGUGGGCCUAACAUGGUCGCAUUACCCUCGCCUCGGGAAAUAUUGAGAUUCUCGGGAAUCAAAAUUAGCUGUUUCCUCUCGGGACCAGUCAUUAAGUGUUUAUUGUUUGCCAUUGCAUUGCUACAUGGGGAGAUUUAAUAUCAUUAAUAUUAAAUUCGUUCGCUUGCUUUAUGCUUUAGUAUUGUGGAAGCCCUUCUUCACAAUGCAUCCCCAAGACAAUACUGUGAAGUUACAAUCUGGGACUGCAGUUGUAGCCCUAAAAUGUGCUGCAGAAGGCUUUCCGCCUCCAGUUAUAAUCUGGUUAAGAAAUAACUCGACAGUCGUCAACGACUCCGUGACCAGCAAUGGAAGUGUUUCUACUCUCAACCUUGUUUUACGUACUAUAAAGGAAGAGAAUCCUACGUACAUGUGUGUGGCAACAAAUGCAAUGGGAAGAUCUUAUUCCAGCGAAGCAGCGUUGACGUUCGCAGAGAUACCCACUACAAAGUCUCUAUCAACCCUAAAAGGUAACAAAAUAAAACAUGUUCCAAGCUUUCAAGACGCUUUAAAGUCUGUUAUAUUUUACACAGUUUUGAUGAUAAACCGACUGCUUUCGUCUCAGCCGUUCACCCGGACGAUCAUACCCAACCUACUUAUGAAAUGACUCCUGGGUUCAAACCUUUCACGGUAAUAAACAGAUUAAGAAUUUAAUUUAAUGCUGUAAGUGAAAGAGUGGACUUAAAAUGGUUUACAGUGGGAAACAGCACAACCGGACACAUGGGAAUGGUUCGAGAAACCGAGUGUUCGUUGAAUAUAAAUGCUACACUAGAAAAUCCACCGAUUCGACAUCUGCGACAGCAAGUGUCUUGGUUCGAAGACCAUCUCACUGACCGUGUCUAAAGGGUCGCCGUUCUCGGCGUCAACUCUGAACCUCUCCCUGUAUUAUCAGGCGCGCUGCAAUGAUCAAUACUUGGACCACUCUUGUUCCUCGUAUAUAAGGUGGUCUUCUCGAGCUCUCAAUUUAAUCCUUGACAUAGAAGAUUUCAGCAGCGCACAAAAAUAUUCAUGUUGUCUGUGCCGUAUCGGUCCGAACCAAGCAAAGGUAAUAAAAAAAUGAGCUUCUUCCCAUUAAGAACGUUGCAUCCCUUUUAACUGCUAUUAAUGCACUGUCUUUUAAAAAAGAAAUCAAUCACAAAAAUAUCUCAUUUUCUCGACUUUUCUUAAGCCAUAACAUUCAUCUGACCCAAAUGACAGAUUUCCCUACAGUUUUAUAUAGUUUAACUAGUGAAAUCCAUGACAACUGAUCAAAGAUGUGCUAGGCACCAAGUCAAGUUAGCUAAAGUCUGUUAUGUUUAAUCGUUUCUAAAACUAGAGACUAACAGCCAUGUGCCUAUUGACCAGGUUCCUGAUGGAGCUGAAUCAUUAUUUGGCCAUUCUAAUCUGGAUCUACGCUAUCCAAAGUCGUUGAGAAGCACUCAACUAAGCACUCAAGUAAACACUGGUUAGGGCGCUGAAUGCAUAAAUUACCAAAAUAAUAUAAUAAGCUAAUAUAUAUUUAAGCUUACAAAAUUACAGACGUAAAUCUCUUAGAGGAUCGGACUGCUUGGUGAUCCCCCCCGGGGUCAGGGGGUAAUCAAGCCCCAAGGUCCAACCCCUUACUUUUAUAUCUACCAUUUUUGACAGAAAACGUACCCCUUUUCUGCAUUCCAAAAAUGGUAACCCUUUCACAUAUAUGUUUAAGAACUUUGCAUCCGUUUCAAUUGCUGUAAAAGCAUUGUUUUAUAUACAUGAACACGUCCAGCAAAACCCGCUGAACGUUUUCGUGACGUUUUCACAGCCAUAAAAUACAGACCGAACUAGCAAAUUUCCCUACCCUGUCAUAUACUUCAGCCUAAGUGAAAUUCCUACUCUCUCAUAUACCUGAAGCCUAAAAAAGGUUCCCCGUUCGGAGGAAGCCUCCUCGUUUUGGCCUUUAUAUAGGGAGCCUCCCGGGUGAUCCGCACGAAUAGGUUGACUCAAUGCUCUAACGAAAACUGGACGUACUGCUAAUAUCAAACAUGAACAGAAACAAGCAAUCAAUUCCUCCAAUCAGGAAAAGACUGAGCAUUUAUAACUAGUACUAUAGCCCGGUAAAGAAAGUAAGAGAUAAAUAUUGUAUGGAUUUCAACAACCGCACGUUCACUUCUCAUUGAAAUGCUUACCUCGCGCUUGCUAUUUAUAGAUGAUACUUCAGCUUCAACAAGCGACGAUCAUUUUCCUCUCCUGUGGAUCUUAGUUGCUGCAACAGGAGUUUUAUUGUUUGUGAUGGUGUUACUGAUAUUGGUGAUCUAUAAGAAGAACAGAAAUGCUGCGUUUAGCGUCGAAAAAGAGGUAAAAUGAAGAAAUGAUUACGCAUUGAUAUUGACAUGCAAUAACGACACAGUAUAAAUUGCUUAGUAUGAGAUACUUAAUUGCUAUUUAUUUUGUCAAUACUAAUUAUGACUAAAGGUAUUCCUGACCUUCAAUCGGCGAAAAAAUUGCUGAGACCUGUCCUCAAAUAGUGUUCGGAGAACAAAACAUUCAACACCGCUUCCAUCCAUUCAAAGUUGGGGUUUUAAUUUUGUUGUUUCCUUCAGGUAGCUCUAACAUCGACAUGAUGUUACCUGAAGGAGUUGGGGUGGAAAGCUUUCUUCUCCCUUUAAAAGCUUAGAAACUGUUUUUAGUGAAAAGUGUCUCAGCUAAUUUUGUGGCCGAUUCUACACUGCAGCUACACCGCUCGUUAUUUGCAACUUCGUAAGAGCCCUAUGUUAUUUAUCAGUAGGCAGUAGGCCAAGAGCGAAAGCAGAUUUGGUUAUAUUAGAAAACGUUGUCAGUCGUAAUCUGCUAGCCGAAGAACAUCUUACAGUCCAACUCCCCUGUCCCCCGGCCCUCACCCAUUUUACAUGUUCCUACUCACUUCACCUUGCACUUCCCCUAUGAUAUUUUAUGCUAACGACAAAGUUUGUAUUCUUUUUUACACAGAUCAUCAAAGAACAAAGAUGUUCAAACCUUUAGAUGCUAUCAAUCAGCAACUGCCCAGUUCUCAAUAAAUUAAAUGGAACGUAAUGACUAGAAAAUACGGCUAGUGUAUGUAAAUGUCUAAGCCUUUUACUGAUUAGUUUGCAAAACUGUACAGUACUUGACCGACAGAAGCGCUAGAAGCUAAAUUGAAGCAAAGCCAGAUUAGUUCCUAGGUUUGCCAGACUAUAGCGUCGCCGUUUAGCGUUAUUCGGAAGGCAGGCUUGCCCACCUGCCGAGAUGGCCGGUUGCUAAAGCCGACACCUCGGCUGACGGUCAAAGCCGAAAAACAACGAAAAUUCUCGACUCACGUAAACAGCCGAUGACCGUCUAGAGAAGAGUGUUUAUGUGGCACUCCUGUUAGAAAAGCCGGAGCUUGGCUGUCAUCUAUAUUACACUUAACUCGAACCUCCCUUAAGCGACCUUGGCGCUUAUGAAGAAUCGUCCUUAAUGCCCCUCUCUUGUUUCCUUCCCCCAGUCCCCUUACCCUUCUAGACGCCUCUUACGCAGGCUAGCAGUAAUCGAAGCACAAUUUUUUUUUUUUCCGAGUAGAGCUGCCCUGACCCUUAAAGGUUUUGAAGGAUAUUUUACCACGUGCAAAUAACUAAUAUAAUUCUCCAAAAAGUGGUUGCAGCCGCCCCUGAGAGGUGCUUUUAUGGGAGAGGUUCCAACAGUAUAAUCAUUUUUUUUUUUUUUUUGGAGAUAGAUGGCUGCUCAUGGGAGGUCUGGUCCGCUUACGAGAGUGGUAGCACUCUUUAGAGGUUGGACUGUAUGUCAUGAUAUCUCGUAAUCUUUUUAAAAUUACAGGCUCUCUUGCUUUCAUUUAUUUUAGCUAUCAUCUUUAAAUAAUCUGAAAGUGAAGGUAAAGAAAUUAAAUAUAUGGCACAAUGCCGAUUCAAUUCCAAACUUGUUGUAUGUAGUUGGAAUUCGACAAUUUAACUUCCCCAAAAAACAUGAUUGUUCUAUUUCUGAUUUCAAAUACACCUGUUGUCAAGUGGCCAUUUACAAAAAUAUUAAAUAAAAUGAAACGAACACAAGGGAGUCCAACUACCCUACCAGUACAGUAUCGAGAUUACCGAGUCAAUUGUGUCAAUAACAAAAUGCUUAGAUCUGAUUGGUUCUUAACAGCCCAUGUAUAUCUUUACGACUUAAUUUUGCUAUUGUAACUCUUACUAUAGCACUGUCCGAUUUGACCUGUCCGAUUACAAGGAGGCUGUAAUCGGACUGGUCAAAUGGGACAUAAUCGCCCGAAAUAACUCCCUGAAUUGUACUCCACUCGGUCCUAUUACCAUUACUAAGCACGUUCUGUCAUAAUAUUUUGUCCGUGUCUUUAACGUAAACCACUUUAAAUUUCUCCUUUUUUAGUAGUUAGAAGAGAGAAUUCUCUUGGUAGUAAUUCAUGUCUCGCAAACAAAUAAAUAUUUAUUUUGCAGUUUUACUUGCUGUAAGCCGCUUUAAAAACGAGGAAGUUAAAUUUGAAAACGAACGUAAUUGAAUUAUGAAACUACUUAGCUUCCUGGAAAGGAAGUAAAUAUUAGCCACACAAAUGAUGCAUGUACAUGACGCAAAGCUUAAGAUAUGACACCGCGCAAGGGAGGAAAAUAAUAGAGAGCGGCGGAAAGCUCUUAACUUGAGUUUUUCCCCCAUAUUCAAGCCAUAAGAAAAAGCGCACGUGAGUACAUCUUGCCCUAAAUACGAUCGGAGUUGAGUAUUUGAGUGUUUGAGUAUUUUUCUAGCUAACUAAAUGGAAAUCUAGGAUAUGAAAGCAAUCUUUCCUACAAUACUCGUCACAUUAGUUGGGGCGGUAUGAAUCAUUCCGAUAUUUCUGCCCCCUCAAUGUUGGUUUUUGCGGGUUGGCAUCACAGAAUUAAAGCAAAAGAUCCAACACUGGGAGGGAAAGAGCACAACGUUUUGCCGCAAUAUAGCCUGCGUAGCAAGCGUUUCCGUUUGGUUUCGGAGCAAAGAAAGACCGAGCAUGGUCUUUGACUUCUGUCCCUUGUUCUUUGCUCCUAAACCGCACAGAAACGCUUGCUACGCAGGCUAGCCGCAAUAUGGUUGCUGCACCGGGUGUCCCAACUUAAUGUUACGAGGAUUGUAGUUCUUGAAAAUAGUGAGAAAUGGACGGUUAAAUGCCGGCCCUGCGUAGGUUAAUUGUCACAACGGGGGGUCGUUACUUUCGGUCAUUUCAGUGGUAAGGCUUCGGCUGAAAAGGGAGCCUUUUCUAACCUGCUUCUCUCCAGAGGCAUAUAGAUGGUUUAGGAACCUCUGUCACUUAGGUUUUCAAAAAAGGCCUUCAAGUAAGUUUUUCAAUAAGACUCAUCUUACGGCUGUAUCAUUUUAAUAGUGGCGUGACAAGAAGUAGCCAUGUAAAGGGUACUACCAUCUUACAAAGAAAGGUGUGCCUGAGGGAUACCUUUCCUGUCCAAAUUGUUACAUAAAAAACUGCAAGAGUUAAGAUGUCACUACGGAUCCUUUCUGAAUAAAACGUCGUUGAAUACCAAAUGAUAGUGAAAAUAAGCCGUAAAAGGCUUAUCCACUGAACCAAAUUAAUUGCCAGUCAAGAAGGAUAAAAAAGGGAAAAAGUUAGUUUAACUGAAUAAACAAAUUAUAUCGACAAAGCUUGAGCAACUUAGACUAAGCAAACUGAAUAUUGGUGACCGAAUUUCUAAUGUCUACAAUUUCACAAUAACAUUUUCGACAAUAAUAAUAAUAAUAAUAAUAAUAAAAUAAUAAUAAUAAUAAAAAGGAUACACACUUUAGUUUUAACAUAACAUAGACAACAUAAAAAUUAUUUUAAUUUUGUCUACGUUGAUGAUCACGAAAGAUACCUGACAAAUUAUAGGAAGGGAAACAAACAAGCAAAAAAAGGAAAUCAAACCAAGGCUUAAAAUAAGUACACGUCAGUUGAAUGUGAGUGCUCUUAACUGCCCAAAUGUCUCAUGGGCUUCAAAUUACGUUACAGGUCGGGUUUGGGCUGCAUUAAGCCUGUUUGACACAAAAUAUGAAACGAAAUAAGACCGAUUAAGUGCCUAAACAAACUGAAACUUUAAAGUUGUAAGAAAGCCCACUUUACUUAAUUUCUCAAACAUAUCGGAUAGUUACAGCUGCCAAUGCCACAAUCACAAUCGUGUUACAAUCGUCACUUUCUCCACUGAGCGCGCCUCUCCAGGGAUAGAGAUGUCUAUGAUCUUAGCCUAUUACUGAUCUCGCAGUGUCAAACUUUGGAAUGCUGUCCACAUUAGGGCGCACUGUAACCUACACACUUGAGAAGCUAUAUUUAGAAGUAGAAAAAGUUCUGUACGAAACCUAAUACAAUCCUAAUUUCCAUAAUGAUAUGAUUCUCUCUACUUAAAAAGCCAAUUUAGAAGACGGCAAGUAUGCAAAUACAUGAUGAUAUAAUUAUCUCUACCAGAAGCCUAUUUAGAAAAUGGGAAAAUUAUUCAGUUUUUAUACCCUCAUUUUCUCUUAUAAACCUACACGAGACCAUCACACUGUGGUUAUCUCUACUAAAAGCCUAUUUAGAGUAAUAUCAAACUCUUAUACUGUACAAAAUCUACUUAAAAAUAUCAGUAAAAUACAGCUUUUGCGACACGUGUGUUUAUGGAUUUCUGGAGAAAAAAAAAAUUAAAAUGUGGUGUUUUUAACGCACCAACUAACUAUUUAUCUUAAAUGUUCUGGCAAUGUUCAAAGUGUUUGAGAUGACCGAUUAUUCAAAUUAUUUGAGAUGACCGAUUUUUUUUUUUUUUUUUUUUUAAAUUAUGAAUAAAGUUUUGUUUUAUUUAAAAAAAAAAAAAAAAUUAUUAUUAUUAUUAUUAUUAUUAUUAUUAUUAUUAUUAUUAUUAUUAUUAUUAUUAUUAUUAUCAUCUUAUCCUUUUUCAAAUUUUCUUUUUUUCCAAUGAUUUUACUACAAAAAUGAGAGAGAAACAAAUGAUGAUACUUAUGAAUUGCGAUCGAACUUUAAGGAAAAAAAACGAAUGAGAAUACCAACGUAACCGAAAUUUUGUCUUUGGAAUCAGUAGUGCAACCAUUCUCUACUCUCCACUCCCCAUGCAUCCCUUUCUGGGGAAUUGUGAAAUGGCGGUUGCCCCUGUGCAAAAAAAAAAAAGAACUUCAAGGUUUUUUUUUCUUUUUCUAUUAUUAUUUUUACUUUUUAAAGUGGAAUAAUGGAAUAACAAGACUUUUCAAAUAGACUAAUGGGAUAAUGAGUACUUCAUUCCCUUCACCCUCGAAAUGCUCAAUUAUUUUGUCGUGCAUAUAUAUUUGCUUUUGAAGACUUUUUAAAACCCGCAAAAAUUAACGCAUUGAAGCUUUUUUCGAUGCUUAACAUCAUCAUGACGGUUCAAUAUCACAAGGAAAGACUUUCUCGCAGAAGCUGCCGAUUUUUCAGGAUUUUUGAAAGAGCCAUUACCGUUCAUUUUUAGCCAAUUUACGGCUAAGCCCAUGAAAAUAAAGGAAUCCUCAGGUACGUAUGGAUUUAGAAAGAACGUUUCUACCUUUUUGCUUCUCGUUUGCUUUGUUUGCUCUCAGUAAUUGAUUGGAUGUUUUCGUCAUCGCAUCCGGCAAUGACAGGUGGCGUGAUAGACCGGAACGCUUUCCACUUCUUUGAAAAUUGUGGUUUUAAUAAAAGAGUCUACAUAUUACCUUGGACCCACGCAAUGGACAAAAAUGCGGUAGAACAUAACGUGUUUGAAUAAGAACUGUUCAUUUUUAACUAUCCAGAAAGGCGCGAGGGCAUCAGAUUGCUAAUUGUCAGGCAAACAAUCGACGCUCAUUUUUAUGAUCGUGUUUGAAGAUUUCGUCUAUAUAUCACGUAAGAACUUCAAUCUAUAUGUUUUCUUACUUCGUUACUCCCUUGUCACCCCGGCAAGCGCAGCGAGCAAAAAAUCUUUAAAAUUUCGCAAUUACUUUACGGACAACGUGGUUAUUAAAAGUUACGACAAAAAUGAUUUCGCAAUACCAGAUCGAUUCUAUUACAAGCUUGCCGCAAAACAGAUUAUUCAGGGCUUGAGAGUAGAUUGAGUGGCUAGUUAACUGUUCCUUACAAGCUCUUAUACAUGACUGUAAGCUCUUAUCUACUAGGAUUUUCUCUAAGCAGCAUCUGCCUUCAAAUUUUGUUUCUACUAUUUUGUCACUCAGUGGAGCAAAGUGAAAUGUUGUUGUCAUAUGUUCAAGGGCAAAAAAAAAAAAGAAAAGAAAAGAAAACUUUGGACUACAAACCUUAUUAGUCUUUGUUAUGGCUAAAUAUACAAGUUAUUCUUUUAGUAUGAAAGUGAAUCAUGCAAUUUACCAAUAUUAUUGUUUCUGCCGUUGUUUUUGUUGAUUGAGGUGUUAGAAAAAUCAUCUAGGAGGAAAUCAGUACGGUAACUAGAAUAUUCCUGACAGGAUAAAAAUGCCGACAGAAUCCCGAGCGAGUUUUUUCCAUUCAAGCCAUACAACUGUAUACACUGUUCCCUGAUUUGCAAGUCAGUCGAAACUCGUAAAACAGUUUCUGUUGAAUUGUUGUUUACUAAACAACCAAAUAAUUAUUCAAACCAUUCUAUUUUAAUUAGUAUAACUACAUACAGUCAGUAGCACAAAUCAGCCAGUACAGCGACAUUUUAUAGUGACAGUAGCCAAGGAAAGGAAGGGGCGCAAAAAGAAGUACUUAAAGCCUGCGAUCCUUAGAUGAAGGCACUAAUAUUGAUGAUAAUAUAUAAUAUAUAUAUAUAACAAUAUGGCUACCAACUGAUCAUGAACUGAGACUCUUGGGAUCGAAGUUGGCUAUUAAAAAAAAAAAACAUCUUUAUUCAUUGCUCUUUUUUUUCUUUUUUUUUUUUUUUUUUUUAUCACACCGACUUAUUUUGUUAUUUUGAAUUUUGUAUUCCAAAUCAUUCCAGGUACUUCUCCUGGCCAUGCCAUGCUGUUGUUUAUUUGCCUAGCGUUUUUCUACUUCCAUAGUGCGGAAACAUCCCAAUGCGCCUCGAUGGAAAAUCAACAUACAGGUAUAGAUAGUACGCUAGCUAGUAUAGACCGUUCUGUGCUUUCCGUCGAUGUCCGGUCAGUAUGGACUAUUUUUGUUCUUUUUUUUUCUUUCUUUCUUUAAGAAAAGAUAUUUAAGAGAGUCUCGUUGAAAGAAAGAAACUGUUUGGGAUUCGAAGGCCUUGAGGCCCGCCCAAUUUUUGGCAAUAUAUAAGAGAACAGUUUUUGACCUUUUAUGACCAUUUUACCUUUAAGUAGUAUAUAUCUCGAGACGAAAGGGCUUAUAACACAGGCAGGGGUCAUGUGGGACUGCCUUCUGUAGCUGCCUUUGGAGAGCUUCCCGACACAUCGAACAAUGAUUGAAAAGUUACUGUAUUUAUUAGUACUCUUCAGGCUUUAACUGAUUUUUAAAUAUACCGUUUUAAUACCGAUGCUCACAAAGGCCCUCAUGCUGGUUCGUAAACAAUCUAUCUAGUAAACCUAUUGUAGUAAGUCCACGUCGGUAAAUGAUUUUAAAGUAUUGUUACCUCUAUGUAUCCUUAUAACUAACAAUUUUCUAAGACACCUAUAGUUAACACUAUGCACUCUUUAAUUCAACUCCUUACAGUUUCUUCCGCUCCCACUCUUACCAUCAACACCCUCCCGGAAGAAGAUGUGUUACCUAUAGGGUCCAACGUAACAGUAACUUGUACCAGCAACACUUCGAAAGAUGGUAUUUCCGACCCAAUAUACGACAUGCCAUAUUGGAUGCAAAUCUAUUUCGGCCAUGAUAGCCGUUUAAUUACGAUAAAAAGUUGCGGUGGUCGCAGAAGCGACAGGGAGCAAAGCAAAGUUUGCAGCUAUGUCAUUCACAAUGCAUCAAGGAGCGAUUCUGGUAAUUACUCCUGUUGGACUAGAAAUUCUUGGAAAUGCACAAUGGGGUAUAUUCAGUUAGAUUUCAAAGGUAAUAUUGACUUACAGUGUGUUGAAUUUUACUGUAUUUAAUAUUACAAUAAGUGUACGUGAUUUCUACGAAAAAACAAACAGAAGAAAAUAUUUAACUAAAGGCUAAUCAGUCGAGGUGAUCCAACGUCACAAAUGCAAAUGUCCACCAAUUCCAUUCAGGAGUUCACCCUUCAUUUUAUCCCUUUUCUCGGGUGAUAUGAAAUUCAAUUUUUUGUUUCAAAAUCAGUUUCUUUUUUUAUUGUUUGUUAUUUUCUAUUUUUUUUUUGUAUUUUUAUUUUUACAGAAAAAAUUCCUCCAGUUUUCACUGUGAACCCUCCAGUACAAAUGUUAAUAUCUUCCGGUGGUAAAGCCAGCAUGACUUGUAAGGCAUCAGGUUUCCCAGUCCCUGUAAUAACAUGGUUCAAGGAUGGGAUUCCUGUACCAAGGGCAAACACCACUGGAGACAAGGGACUCUCGAUCUUGACUCUUGAAUUUGUCAAACCAGUUCACCAAGGAAAAUACUGGUGCGAAGCAAACAACUCGGAUGGCUGGCAAAGAUCACUGAUUACAAAACUGAGUUUGAGCCAAGGUAAGCUGUCCUUCUUUUCAUCGCUGGAAGUCAAGGAAGUGAAUCCGCAGUAGAAAAACCAGAAUUUGCUUUGGCGUUACUAUAACCCAAUUUUAUGGCAAAGAGCUGCAAACACGUUAAUUUGCCAUAGGUAGUUGUUUGUUUGUUUGUUUGCAUGUUUUUUAAUAUUGAUAACACGUAAUUUCUUCAAAGUCUCAAGUCUAGGUGGUAGUCCUCGAUGGUGAUAGAGUGCCUCAUAUAGCCCUGGUAAGGAGUUGCCUUUGGAUAGUAAUCGACCAUUCAAAAACGUCAUAAAACGUUUAUCGUAAGACAGAAGACGUAUUAAAGGUCUUACGUUUUAUAGUCUCUACCUUAGAAACGUGCCCUGUAGCUAGGAUCUAAAGUACUCACAAUUAGGUCAUCUUUAUUAUUGCACAGCCUUUUGAAGACAAGACUUUUUCUGUUUUUUUCUUUUUUGUUUUAUCUCAGUGACUCAAAAAAUGGAACGAAGAACUAGUAGAGGACUCUGAGCCUUGGUUAUUGUUCAGAGAAAUCAGACCUGUUCACUCACUAAGACUUCAAGAUAACUCAAUGAAGCGCUAGGCGGAGCCCACCCCAGAGCGCAUGCUCCAUCCAGUGCUGAAUCCAAAAAUCCAUGUCCGCUUUCCGCUCGCCUCUUAUAGGUAAAAUACGUUCGUAAAGUUGAUUUUCCUUCUUCCGUUAUUUUUCCUGCAGUGCCAACCAUUUCAAUUCAUCCGAAAAACGUGUUCGUGUCAUUCAAAGAAAAUAUUACUUUAGUUUCCUUCGCGUGUAAGGCCACUGGAUCACCACCACCUGUGGUAACCUGGUUAAAGAAUAACUCUACGCAGGCCAAUGCGACAGUCGUUGAAACUGAUGGAAUGUCCUGGCUCAUUCUUCUUCUGGUAAAAAAUGACGAAAACAGCUUGAACAAAUACAACUGCUUCGCAAAGAAUUUAGUAGGGAAAGCUUACUCUAAUGAAGCAACCGUGAUCAAACCACAGACAUCAUUUCCAAAUAAAGGUAAGGCUAGCUUUACUAACAGCCACCACGGGUACUGCUGUUAGGAAAAAACAGCUAACGACUCAAGCUCUGCUGUUUAUUGAGUUGAUUUUUAAGUACACCCAACAUACCCAAAUCAGGGCAUGGAUAGCUCUUUCAGCGAAACGUUAACAACAGGAUAACAAGUUGUGGCUGAGAAGGCAUCUGUGGAAAAUAAAAUCGAAACUCUCUUAAGCGACCACCGAAAAAGUGGUGUUAACUUAGGGCUGGUCGCUUACGAGAAUGAGCUGUCGCAAGCUCUCGUAAUUGGUCUCGGCUGAUAACACCCUCCUCGUUCUAUAUAAUUUUUCAUAUGAUACUCAGCCUUAUCUUAUAAUAUUAUUGUAAAUUAUCGUUAUCAUGAUUCAUCAUCAUCAUCAUCAUUGUAUCAUCAUCAUUUUCAGGCUUCAGGUAUAUGAAAGGGUAGGGAUUAAACUCGUUGAAGUAUACGAAAGGGUAGGGAAAUCUGUGAUUUGGGUCUGUGAAAGGGCUCAAAGAGCUAACAGAUUAAUUCUAUGGCCUCAUAAAGUCGAGAAAACGUUCUACUUUUGUGAUUGAUUCCUAUUUAAGUAACAGUGCUUUUACAGCAGUUAAAAGGGCUGCAAAGUUCCAAACAAGGUAUGUGAAAGGAGUACCAUUUGUCAAUAGUAGGUAUACGAAAGGGGCACUUAUUUCAUGAAAAAUGUCAAAAAGGGUAAGGGGUUGGACCCCUGAGCGAGGCCUCCCCAUUUAAGAAUUGUUGAGAGUAUCCACCCCCCUUCCCCCCAGGGAUGCGACUAAUAAAAUUGAAACAAUUUUUCCCCCAGAAAGCACUGUCAUCUUUUUCUAUCGCCAUCCGGCAAGUCUCGCUGCCUCCCCUGGUGAACACGUGAUAUUUACAUGUGCUGUCGAAGGAUCUCCAGCACCCUCGAUUAUUUGGCUGAAGAAUGGUUUGAAAGUCGUUGAUAAUAAGGCCAAGACCUAUCAGGGAAGAGAAAGCACAAUCUCAGAGCUGCACAUUCUUAACGUUCAAGAACAUCAUGCUGGUAACUACACCUGCAAGGCAGCAAACGCUAUGGAGAGUGGCGUCUCCAGGAAUGCAUUACUUUCCUUAACAGGAAAACCUGACUCCGCGAAAAGCAAGUUAUAUUAAGUUUCUUUAUUUUAGGGUUUCUUGAUUUUGUGUAAACUAAUUGACAAGAGGGCAUAUGGAAGAAUACAAGAUGGCUUUUCCUGGUGCAGCGUCAGUUUUACCUGAAUCUAAGUGAUUACGAAGACUCAUGCAAGGGGAGAAUGGAAAUACUAAUUAACUCCAUUUUUUAUCACUGCCAGUAUUGCAUUGACUCUCUGAAGUUAGUUGAAUUAGGUGACUGUGAAAGGACUUAUUGCUCGAGCACUUGAAUCUAACAGAGAACUAGGGUUCUAUUAUAAGUACAUGAAUCCAGUCGCCGAGGGAGAAUAACACGUGUAGCACGGCUUGUGUAUAUCAUGUCUCCCUCUAGCCUCCCACGCAGGCGUUUUUAGGGGAGCUCGUUUUUCAUCCCUCCUUACAAACGCCUGCUCAACCGAAAACAAUGUUGUUUUCAGUUGAGCAGGCGUUUGUGGGGAGGGAUGAAAAACAAGCUCUCCUAAAAACGCCUGCGUGGGAGGCUAGUCUCCCUAGGCUCGCCUCUCUCUCUGUGAUUUGUACUGAAGCCGCUGGAAGAAAUUAAUGGGAGAGGACUAUAGGUAAGAUGCACUGGACGAAAAAACGGAUUUGCCUAAGUUUGCUAGUUGAGCAAAUCUAUUGUAAAUUUAGGGUACUAAUGUUGCUACUUAUUUGUUCUUGGUGCAAAUUUUGUUCGAAAGUGAAAGUUUACUUUUCUGCAAGGGUGGCGUAAAUGUGGAGUAAAUAUCCAGUUUACACAUAUUUUGUUUCACUUUUGCUCCCCAUAGUAAAUUUGGUGUUUAGAUUCAAAUUUGCCGACAUUUUGUUCUCUGUGUAAAAAUCGAACGUCAAAAAUGAAUGUUUGCUUGAUAUUUUCUGGCAUAGCAAAGUUAAUGUGUAAAUUUAUGGUUACUAGAGGCGUAAAUUUAAGCAAAAUAUGAUCAAAGAACUAUCUUUACGACCACUUUAACCAACGUUUGCACAUUUACCAAACUUCACAGUGUUAUAUAUUUCACGCAAGUUUUGAUUUUCCAUUGCCCCGUUUCAACCACCAUCACAUUCUUCUCAGAGUUUAUCAUAUUACUUGCUGCAGCUGGUUAUUUCGGGUAAGGCCAUUCCCCCUUUUUUUUCGUUUAGCGUCGAAUGCGUUUCCUGAUAUUGGGUCGGUGGCUCGGAAAAAAAAUAUAUCACAAGAAGUCUCGGAAUAGGAGGCCCUUGCGUAAAACGUUACCAUUUACAAUUUGGGUGAACAAAAUGCACAAUAUGUGAAAGGUUUGAACCCAGGAGUCAUUUCAAUAGUAGAUUGCAGAGUUUCAUCGUCCGGGUGAAUGUAGUCCUGAAUGCACUCGACCGCAAGAUCAGCCGCCAUGUUUGUUGUUUCCCCGGCUUCCACGUGACUUUGCCACAUGCGCGAUUUGAUUUACAUUGUCACGUGUGGCUUUUGAACCAAUAGAAUAGUGUAAAAUAAACUUUCGUUGAACAGUUCAAAUUCACGCGGACGUCUCAAGCAAUAGAGCGUUGCAAAACGAGUAGUUUUGUUAUUUUCGGAUAAUAGAAAGCCUGUCUUUCUAUUCAGCUGUUCUAUUACGAUUUAUACCUUUGUUAUUUUCGAGAGACAGUGAUCAGUUGCGAUAUUCUUCACAUAAAGCCUGUUUCCAAGUCAUCAACUCAGCUGGAUUGCAGAAAGGUAUGUUCUUCUUGAUAUCGUGGUUCGUUUACUUACUUUGGUUUUCUAAUAACUUUGCGUAAGCUUAAAACCUCAAAGAUAAAUCUUAAAAUUUAAGAUGCAUGCACAGAUAUGAUAUGCCAUUGAUUGAUUCCUUUUUGUUUACUGCAGAAAUAACUGUACUCUUUGUUGCACAUCGUCUUCAUUAAUGGAAUAAUCUUAAGUAGCCAGAUCUUGAGCUGUGCAGGCAAACAUUUCUUUUACACCAAUAUAAGUCGGUGAUGUGACCUUGGCAUGUCCAUAAUUCAGUAAUUUGGCUUGUUGUACAGCUGACUUAAUAUGUUAUUCUUUGGGGUUACUGUACUUUUCAGGUGACAGCACUUGACAAAGCAGUGGUCACUAUAAUUUAUUAUUUAAUAUUCUACUCCAUUUCAAAUGACAAAUGAUUUUCCUUUUGAAAUUUUUACAGUCAAAAACUCUUGUUUUACAUCUAUACAUAUUUAUCGUUCGGUGAUAUUGUGAAAUCUUAAUUUGGUUCAUUUUGCAAGUGACGGCAUAAGUUUGCCAGAUCUUGAAGCAUAUGUGUCAUUCUGAGUGACCAGUGUAUUAUUUUUCCACAUUUAAAUGACAAAUGAUUCUUAUUUCAUAAAUUGUACCAUCCAAAACUCUUAUGGUUUGUACAUAUGGUUCAGUGAUAUUGUGAGAUCUUAAUUUUGGCUCAUUUUGUGAGUGACGGCAUUUUUUUCAUUUUGUGAGUGAAGCCUAUGUGUCAUUCUGAGUGACCACUGUAUUAUUGUUCCACAUUUAAAUGACAAGUGAUUCUUCUUUCAUAAAUUGUACCAUCCAAACUCUUAUGGUUUGUACAUAUGGUUCAGUGAUAUUGUGAGAUCUUAAUUUUGGCUCAUUUUGCGAGUGACGGCAUUUUUUUCAUUUUGCGAGUGAAGCCUAUGUGUCAUUCUGAGUGACCACUGUAUUGUUGUUCCACAUUUAAAUGACAAGUGAUUCUUCUUUCAUAAAUUGUACCAUCCAAAACUCUUAUGGUUUAUACAUAUGGUUCAGUGAUAUUGUGAGAUCUUAAUUUUGGUUCAUUUUGCGAGUGACGGCGUAUGCCAGAUCUUGAAGCCUAUGUGUCAUUCUGAGCGACCACCGUAUUAUUGUUCCACAUUUAAAUGACAAUUGAUUCUUCUUUCAUAAAUUGUACCAUCCAAAACUCUUACGCUUUAUAAAUAUGGUUCAGUGAUAUUCUGAGAUCUUAAUUUUGGCUCAUUUUGCGAGUGACGGCACUUGCCAGAUCUUGAAGCCUAUGUGUCAUUCUGAGUGACCACCGUAUUAUUGUUCCACAUUUAAAUGACAAUUGAUUCUUCUUUCAUAAAUUGUACCAUCCAAACCUCUCAUGGUUUAUACAUAUGGUUCAGUGAUAUUGUGAGAUCUUAAUUUUGGUUCAUUUUGCGAGUGACGGCAUAUGCCAGAUCUUGAAGCCUAUGUGUCAUUCUGAGUGACCACCGUAUUAUUGUUCCACAUUUAAAUGACAAUUGAUUCUUCUUUCAUAAAUUGUACCAUCCAAAACUCUCAUGGUUUAUACAUAUGGUUCAGUGAUAUUGUGAGAUCUUAAUUUUGGUUCAUUUUGCGAGUGACGGCAUAUGCUAGAUCUUGAAGCCUAUGUGUCAUUCUGAGUGACCACCGUAUUAUUGUUCCACAUUUAAAUGACAAGUGAUUCUUCUUUCAUAAAUUGUACCAUCCAAACCUCUUAUUCUUUAUAAAUAUGGUUCAGUGAUAUUGUGAGAUCUUAAUUUUGGCUCCUUUUGCAAAUGACGGAACUUGUCCACGUAUUUCCAUUUCAUUUAACUUUCGUUGUCAUUUCUAUUAACUUCAGGAGACACCUCACCCUCUUCAAGAGUUUCUUUGCUGUUCUGGAUCUUAGUCGCCGCUGCCGCAGCAUUGAUUCUUGUGGUGGGGGCUUUGUUAUUUGUUAUCCACGCAAAGCACAGAAAGGCCGGAUUUAACGUCAACAAAGAAGUUAGUAAUACUAUAGACAACAACGGGUAGACAGUUCAUUUUUUUUAAAGCAGCAUUUAUUACACAAGCGAGUUUUCUCAAGUCCUAUGGUUUGACAUUAACAUUGGUCUUCUUCACAAGGAAUAAAGUUGAUGCAUGCAAACAGUUAUUCCUCGAGCCCGAAUGGGCUCUGAGUCAAUAGCCCAUGAGGCCGAAGGCCGAAUGGGUUAUCCACUCAGAGGCCAUGAGGGCGAGAGGAAUAAUUGUUUUAGAAAAAUUCAACUAGUUGGUCAAAAAUAUCGAGACAAAGCAACUUUAGCUAGCAAAACGCCAUUCAAACGCCAUUUGUCCAGUCCUCACAUACAAAACAUUGUUGUUUACAAUGUCAAGGAGGCUUACGCCUUAGCCAAGAGAGACAUUCUUAAAAUAAACAACUUACAAACAGAUUUGGAGGCCCACUCGGUGUCUUAAACCGCGGUCUCGGUUAGACUUUGUUUGUUGAACAAUUUUCAGAUUCGAUUUUGAAUAUCCAGAACAGGGGCUAAAAUGAACACUUAAGAAGAUUUUAGAUAUUUCGAAUAUCACAAAAUCAAAUCUCAUAAUUCUUUUAUUGCAUGGAACACAAAUGACUGAUUAUACUUUGGAAAAUCAUCCAUUGAGCGUGCAACUUAAGGACUAGCUAUAUCAGAGUAGUUUCAACUUUUGUUCUGAUAACUGACUAAUAGAUAAUCUAUAUGAUGCUUAUCAAAACUAACUGUUGCUGACGUGUAAGCCAACGAGAGGAAAAAAUAAUGGCGAAUACCUUUAGGUAUAACCGGUUCUUAGACCACUUCUUUGCUUAAUUAAUAGUCUUAUAGGCCUCUCACGUAGCCUAGCUAGCCAGAUGUUACAUUUGUGCAUGAAAGGUGUUUUUACUAAUACCGAAAAUUGUUCCAUUCUUUCACAGUUCAAGGAAGAACAGCGAUAUUCAAACCCGGUUUACAUCAUUCAAUAGCUAACAGCAGACGAAUGGAGAAUAAUCGUUUACGAGCAGAGCCUCAGUGAUGUAAUCUUCCACUAUUAUAUACAAAGUCAGCCGCUAAAAGGAGAAUUAACCUUAAAACACGAAAUUUAAUGUGGAAAAUCAUGAAAAGCAUGAUAUUGCAUAUAUACAAAUAUCAUAAUUUGAGCUUGAAAGGGAAGCAGCGCCUUUUGAGAGUCCAGACAGCAGUGCUAAAUUAAAGCAUGCUGAGAAACUGGGCCAGGAGGCCUUAACUUUUUAGCACACGUAGUCAAAUCAGUAAAACAAUCUUAACCUGAGUAAAUAUACAAUCUCCCUAAAUUCAAUUUUUUCAAGUUCUUUUGUUCCACAUGCUUUUACCCUUGCCUAUAAUAAAGAAGUCACCAAUAAAAAAGUAAAUAAAUCAAAUAACGAAAAAUCACAAAUGGAGUCAUGCGUGGUUUUGUUUAGCUGCUAAUAACGGAUAUUUUCCAGUGUGUAUUGUGCACAACAGACUCUUGAGUUGGGAGCCGACCUUUAUCCGAGACCUAUUAUUAAUCAGACGCUUGAAAAGCUAAGCUCUAGCUGUUGGGGCGUCCGUUUCGCAGACCUAAUAUAUUCCGUCUGUGGAUAAUGCCUUUAUGACUAAUAUGUAUUGUUGAUCUUUCUUCAUCCGUUUCAAGGGAAAUGAAAUAGAAUAAAGUAAACAGACAAAACAAUCCUGGCCAGUUAUUUAUAAUUUCUUUGGCUGCAUAAAUCAACGGCGAUCUGAGUCAUUUCCUAAUGUGGUAAUUAUAAACCCCAAUAUCUAAAAGUUGUCCACAGUGUUAGCGGUGCCAAAGAAUUCAUGCAUGUAGGACAGUCAGAAGGUAAAAAUGUAUUUUAUUUACUUCAUAUAACUAUUUUGGAAACAGGUUUCAAGGUCACAGCACUGUUUGUCAUCCCUCGUCCUUAAAAUUGACUGAAUUCUCAAGCAGGUAAAAUUCUUUCUUUAUUCGGCCACUGUAUAAAACAAUAAUAUCAAUUUUGUUUCCAAUAAAGAACGUCAAUUCGUUAAGAAUUAUUAUAUAGUAAAUUGUCCCCGGUUGAGCAAUCUUCUAACAUUAUCAGCGUCUCGUACGGAAUUCGAACUCGAUCAUUGAUAUUGCUACGUAUUCUGUCGAAAAUCAUCGGAACCGGAUUUAACUUACCAUAUAUAGACUAUAUAUGGAUCAGGGAUACAGGAUGUUUUCAAGGAAUUCAAACCGGAUCGAAAUGAGCUGUAACCUGGGUAAAUAAACAGGAACACUUAACGGUCCAAUACUGGCAAGCUGCAUGACGCAUGGUGCGAAGUUCAAAAAGCUUUUGGAGUUUCUGCAUAGAAUAUGCGUAUGCGGAGUGCGAGAUAAUUGGUUCUCAUGGGUCGCGUCAAUUUGCGCCCCGACGCAACUCAAGGCUUCACUGCUUUUCCUUUUCCCAACUUUUUUUUUUUUUUUUUUUUAGGCGACUUUCUUCUGUAUGGCGACCAAUAAUUUUCCUCCGGUGGCGUGUGAAUUAAUCCUUUAUUCUACGCCUAAGUACGAAGAACCGGUGCCCAUUUUCCAUCAGAAAAGACGGCUGAACUGAGACUGAGAGGUCAUCCAAAAACCGUUGCUACUUUUACUUUUGCCUCACUACUAUUCUCCCACAUUGUUUUGAAAAUAAGGGGUUAAUAAGCUUAUAAAUGUUAAAACUUAAUUCCUGGGUGACUUAAAUUAAAGUUGAGGAGAAUCUCAGUGUAAAUACAAAUAUAUGCGGUAGUUGUAAUGGUCAGGCGGGGACACUAAUUUACAUCCGUUAGACAAUUAUAUACUAGUCCUUUAAUUAUUUCAUGUCGCUUGCAUCAUCAAAAAGGAACGAAAGGCAUUUCAAGGACUUUAAGCAAAGCAUAUAUGAUGAAUAAAAUAACUAUAUCUCAAAUAUUGUGCCAGUAAAGUGGUCGAGUGCGAAUGAACAUGUUUGAAAUUAGAGGUUAGGGACGCACGCACUCGUGUGACGGUGUUACCCAGAAGGAAGAGCAUGACACGGCAUAAAUGUACGAAGUGAUAUUCCGUAUAUUCAAACAGCAAAAUAUUGAAGGUAGGUUGGUGUCAAUGUAAGUGUUCUUAAUUCUUCUAUCAAAACACUGUUUGUCUAGUGAAUCUGGCGUAGAAUUUUGCACGUCAUGGAAUCAUAUCUUUCCAUUGCGCUAUUAGUAGGAAAUUUUCCUAUGAUUUGUAUAAUAUAACAACGCAGUCAAAGGAACUGAGCGUCGAAACACGUGGUCGGCUUUUUAUUCAAUACGACGCCUUACUGUGAUCCUGCUCUAGGGAGACGCUUUUAAGUUAUUUGAUUCUUCAAAUAUCAAAGAUAAUAACGAAACUGUGUACUGUAUAAAAAGUGCAAAGUCAAAUGACAACCACUAUCGAAGCUACGAUAUUAGUAAUGGAUCUGACAUUUUGGCGAAAAUCCCUAUUUUUUUACGUCUAAUAGCUGUCUCAGUAUAUACGGUGGCCGUCGAUUCUAAGAGUAUCGUGGAAGAAAACAACGACGCAUGCAUGCUAUUCACGCUGAAGUACCUUGUUUGCUAUUUUAAAAUUUGUUUGUUAAUAUUCGCGCACACGGAACUUUCUUGACCGCGCUUGAUUAAGCUGGUAUGAAACAUAUGAAAUUAUCCACGCGUGUUUUGACAUAAGCUGGUAUGGACAGCCGAAUUUUAAUAGCACGAGAUAAAAUCGCUACAGUAGUCUAAAAGGCUCUAAAACUGCCUGAGAGUUUGAGAGUUAGGCCUCUUACAAUUAUUGUGCUGCUCGAAUUACUAGGACACAAGACCGUCGUCAACUGUUCAAUGCAAAUCUAAACUGGGGCGGAGGGGAGGGGGGAAGGUAUGGGUAUAAGCAAGUGCUACGUCAGAUGAUAAAGUUUUUUACCCCAGUGUAUUUUUUUGUUCUUAUUUCUUCUUUUCAGAUGUUUAAAUUUUGAUCUUACUAUUUAUCGUUCGAUGGAGUUAUUCCUUUUAAAUUUACCUUGGCAUUUUUAAUUUUAUAUUUUCUUCUUUGGCAACGUAUAUCCAUAUUAGCCUAAAAGUAUACAAAACUGAACUACCCUCUAGAUCAUAAUAAAACUGUUCCACGUACUUAUUUAAGAAUUCGACUGCAACAAAAUAAAAACGACCAGUCCAUACAACUCUGCAUGCAUCUUCGAUUUUCCGUUGAAUGAGAUGUUACUUUUUCGUUUCCGGGUUCACCCUUUCAUUCUAUUUAACCUUGAAUAUAGUGGGAGUCCCUCUGCAGGUAGUAGCUCACUCGUAAUUACUGUCAUAUUCUUACUGACUGGGCUCAUUUUACUCAGCAGCGUUACGUCUAACUUCUAACCAGUGGUCAGCGCCUUAUAGCAGCACCACAUAAUCUCUGACAACUGAUGAAUUUGGUGAACGAGCAAGAGAUAAUCAUGGUGAGCACUCGACUUGAGAUAAUGUUUUCGUAGUUCAAAUGCGAUUAAUACCACUAAUAGCGUCACGUAAAAAGACAUAGCUGGAGACAUGGAAACCGUCGUAACCCACAGUCUAUGUCUCGUGGAAGUAUGAUUAAUAGCAGUUCAUUGAAAUGACCAGUCAAUCUCUUUUAAGAGUUCUUGUUGACCUAAAUCUGAUUCACAACAAUUCUUAAUUCAUCUUCGCAAUUAAUAAGCGGUGCUGUCUAACAUCUAGUAUGUUCCCUUUCUCACUUCUUAAUAGAUUACGUAAUACAACGUAAAUGAUUCUCUUCAGAAUAUUAAUGUUCGCUUUACUACUCAUGAAAGAUGCUUAAUUCAAUCAGUAGAGCGACAAAAAGCUUUAAGCUAUGCUUACACUAUACCAAAUAUAUCUGCUGCGCCGGCACCUGGAAAACUUUCCUGAAUGGGGUUUCUAUUCACACAUAAGAACGGUGAUUCGGGGCGAUUUCUGCCGGUGUCGAAGCGAAGCUGCGCCCUGCCGAUCUCCAAAGUGGAGAGUUAUACAUCGAGUAAGUGUUCCGUGAUACUAUACAGAAUUUCUUUUCUUAUUGGCACACUGCACAAAACGUUAUCCGAUAUACUAUGAACGUGUUAGUUACCCUCCAAUGAUUCUUUUCUCAAGUCGACCCUUUUUUUCUUUUCAAAUUCAAGAGAAUAAGGUCUACAAGCGUCGUUAUAACAUACUAUUUUUGGCCCUUUUCCUUUCUCAAUGUUUCAAGGAAACCUUUAAUCGGAUAAGACCUUGUCUUAGUAAUGUCACAUGCAACCCGUAUUGACAGGUGGCCUGUAGUUGUGCACGUUCUUGAAACUACUGAGCAGUUAUUUUUAGCCAUUAUUAGUCAAAAUAGGGAUUAUACUUUCGUUCAUACCCACACGAUUGCGAAAAGACCGUUAAAAAAGCGUGAACUUACCCUAAAACUUACCCUUAUUAUUUCUGAAUUUUGUCCGAUUUCUCAGGGCAUUUUUUAUUGUCCUUUCUAAAACGAAUCCUGUAAUUUAAUUCUCUUCAAUUUCUGUCGUUUUUCAAACCACUUGCAAACCACUUAGGUAAAUCUUUUCCCUUUUCAUCAAUGUGCUGUCAGAUGAAAUCGAUUGAGAAACACCUGUUUCAAAGAAUUGAAUUUGUUCAAUCUUGCUGUGGCGUUAGUCGUAUUAGCCUUACAAAUCGCUUAUAGCUAUCUAGACAAUUUUCCCUUUUUCAUGAGUAAAAGUUGUUGUUAAAAAAAAUGAUACAUCAUCGCUCUGUAUUCGAGGAAAUACGGUAUGUAACAACAACAAAAGGGUUGGCCGAUUCACAAUUUUUUAAACUUUCAUUGAUUCCCGACAAGAAUAAAAUGAAGAAUGAAGUGAAAUAAGUGUUUCACACUCGCAGGCACAAAACUAGACCUCAUUGACAUGAAGUGCAUGCCUUUAAAGCCAUCUACACUCUGAUCAUACAUUGUGCUACCAGAAUUCCGCACAGGGCUUGAUCGCGAACUUUAAAUAUUAGAACUUGUGUAAUUCAUGACUCUCAGCUAUCAGAAUCAGGUUGGGGAUUACUUGUUUAAUAACUUAACAGUUGGUUCUAAAAUCGGUUAAGUAAAGAUGCUUUCAUUGUUGUUACGUUAUCCUUAAUUUAUUGUCUUCCCAGUUGUUUUCAGGUCAAAGUAGUGAGGGAACACGCUGUGUUAAUAUGCAGUUAUUCAUCUUCAUUUGCCUAGCGCAUUUCUACCUCGGCGAUACGUGCUCUCAAGUGCCAGUGGAAAAACUGGAUGAAGGUAUGCUAUAUAGAAACCGGCAACUCGACCAGUUAAAGCAGAUUUUACACUCUAACAGACAGUCCGGGCCACAACCAGAUCUGGAUAUAUGAUGACGUCACCCACAUUUGCAAAAUGGCGCCCACGCCGACAAAACACGAGGGAAGGUCACUUCCUGGCUCUUUGCUGCGCCUAGAAGUGUCCUUUCCCCGUACUACUUUGAGAGCUGUGACUUUAGACAAUGAGAAAUCAGGGGUGUGAAGAAAAAAUGCCGUCCGAUGAACGUUUGUGCGUUCUUGGGAGGUAAAACGACCGAACACGAGAGUUUUCCAGGUCAAAGAAAUGCCCGACAAAGAGCAAAACAUCGAAAAAAAGAAGGUGAGUGUCAUUUUUGGGCCCGUUGGAAAAACUUUUUUUGAAAUCUACUCAAAAUUUGCUUGUUCAUAAUUGUCUGUUUGGUGUAGUGCAAAACAGUUUCACAAAGUGCUGUGCUUUUAAAGAUGCAAAAGUCAGUUGCGCAGUUAAAUGACUGCCUUGUCACGAGUUCAGAAAAGUGAAAACAACAAGAAUAGCCCUAAGCGAGCCCACAUUGUAGGAGGCAAUACGAUAGCUUUGAAUACAAAAAUCUUGACUGAAAUGAUGAUGGUUGAUUAAUCACUGUCAUGAGACAGUAUGCAACAGUGCAAACCAGUUUCAUCCCACUUAUAUAAUUUUCGAUUACCGAAUUAAAAUCUCAAUGCUGACAACGAGCAUUGGUCAUCCCUGGAUAACCCUUUCAUUUCAAUGAGAUAAAUGUACACAGAUUGAGGUACAUAAAAAAAUGCCUGUAUUUUCGAUUGCUCAUAUAAUUUUUUUAAUUUAUUAUUUAUUUGUUACUUUACUUUGCCUUAGGUUAUAACAUGCAAGGUGGAAAAUGUGAAGAAUGGCUGAAAAUACACUUUAAACAGGACACCAAAUGAUCGAUCUUACAAAACUGUUCCAUAUUUCAUAAUUACAGUCAAACCCCAUUGAUAUGGAGACUGAAGGGGCCAUCGGAAGUGUCUAUAUAACGGAGGUGUCCAUAUCAAGCAGGUCCUGUUAUAAAAGUCAAAUACACUUUUUUUUAUCGAAAUACUACAGCAUCACACCUAACAUCUUUAAACAUCACUAAGCUCUUAUUCUGCAGACUGUGUCCAUGAAAACACACGGAAGUCUCGAGAAAAUCGAUCAAAAAUUAUGUAAAAUUUACUAACUCGAUUGAUGUCAAAAUAGUCUAUUAUUGUUGUGCACAAUUCAUUCAUUUUGGUGUACUGUGAUGCUGGGAACAUGGACAUGACGUCAAUUAAGUGAAAGGUUUUUUUACCCUACAAAAAAAAAGAGGUUGACUACAACACACAAUGGACUAUGAAGUGUGCGGAUUAGCGAGGUUGACUUUAUAUGAGAAUCUGUUCAUUAAGGAAGAAAAAAACGUCCAUUAUCCACUAUAACAGGUCAGUCUGUAUUAAGUGGGUUGGAUAAAGAGAAAAAUUAAGGGUUUUCCCCAGUGACCCAGGAAACUUCCCACAACAACAGGGAGUCCACAUUAACCUGUUGUUCGUAAAGAGGGGUUUGACUGUAUGAUACAGGACAAACAUAAUCUAAUAAUAAUAGAGGCUUAGUGCCCACUAAGUUUUUCAGUGUGUAUGUAUUCCACCUACAGUGACAGGAUAUUACUAUAAUGGCAUAGUUUUUACACUAAAUCAAAAAAACUCAGAAACUUAGGCAUUGUUUCGGAUACAAGGCAGCCUUUAUUAAUCAUAACAAAAUACAAUACAUGGUAAAUAACUAAAACGUAAUAUUUAGGAGAAAAAUAAAGUGCUCCAACAAAUGAGAAAGACCAAACUAAAAAAUAAUUAAAAGAACCUCAAUCAAAUAAUAAAAGUGAUCACACUAUCCAUGAAUAGAACAAAAUAAAACCCUACAGAGAGGGAGGGAAAUGAUUGUUAGUGCAAUACAAGUGAAUGUUGCUACUGCAAUGCUAAGUGAGAAUGUGACUAAACUAGAAUUGUAUCCGUCUGUAACCCAUAUUACAGUCGUAGUAUUCCUAUCUACCGUAAAACUACUAUAUCCUAGGUAGUAGACACAUGGUAUUAUGAAAUCUCUUAUGCCAGAAACUACUGUGAUGCUGUACUAGCCCUGCAUCCCAAUGUGACACCUUCCUUUGAGAUUUAGAACUGCAUCAGUCGGUCAUCUCAACUGAUGCACCCCCUUAAUAACAAUAAUUUAAAGGAACAAUUUUUUUAAAAAAAAUAUAGAGAUAUAAAUAUAUAUAAUAUUUUCUUGUCUUGUGAAAAACCAUUCUAUUAAAUAUUUUUGACACAAACAAUAUGUUAAGGCUGCACACCUAUUUCAUUUGUCAAAGCUGUUUUUCCAAAUACAAUUGUCAAAUUAUGUUUACGUCCUCUCAGUGAUUAUAUAACAGCUAUUAGAACACGAAUAAGUCCACUUGCAUUAUUUUCAUCCGCAAUGGGGUUUUGCAAUUUGCAAUAAGCAAAGACAGAAGUUCGUUAAUGACUGCUUACGACUGUUCGCGAGUGCAAUUUCUACAAAUUUAAUUUACUUCUUUGACCUUCGCAUAUUUCCAACAUGUGUGACGAUUCAAUAUACUGGAAAUUUAUAUACAGCCAAAAUAAUUAGCAUUAAGAUUAUCAUUAUCAAUCCUUCGAUCGAAAUUAGAUUUUAGCGCGUAUGGUAUUGUGCCCGAAGUAGAAUAGAACAGACUUCUCCAGGUCGAAGUUGUGCUCGCAGAAAUUACUCCAAACAGGACUUCAGUCUUAAAACCUUUCCACUUAAAAUGUAUCGCGGUAUUCAAAUUCCCUAUUCUUCCAAUUCGAUCGGAGUCGUCGAGUUGUUUCUGGUCUCUUGAAAUAUUAUCAGAAAUCCACGGGUGUUUACAGAAAGCGUUCUCGAUCAUUAACAUCUCAAUAUUCGUAAAUCGAACGCUAUGAAGCAUAAAAUAAUCUCGAUUAAUCGGCUCCGUAUUGCUGUUACUUUUCUUCAAGGAGCCCAAAGCACUCGACAGCUAUUUGCUUCGAAGUUUCCCUGUUCGACAUUCCUGUCGAGCUUAGUCUUUUCGCGGUCAAGUCAUCAAUGUUUUGGUUGAGCUCUGAGCCAAUCAGAUUGCAGGAAAUUACAUAUCCAGAUCUGGUUGUAGCCCGGACUGACAGAGAUACAGUAAAUAUACUGUCCCAUAGCGCUCAUGAACAAAAAGAGUGAAGACGUUCCUUUAGAGUGUGACAUUGGUAAACGUGAACCUGUUAAAUAGAAGAGUACACAGAGCAGUUAUUUUUCUACUGUUAUCCUUUUAAUAGGACCGUUUACAAAAGUCGUAGUUUGACUGUAGCACGACUUGACUUCAGAUGGCGUAUUUAUGUCGGUCAAAAGAGGUCUAAAUGUCUUUAGUUUAUAACUCUAUUCAGAUCCAGGCUCUCAGUCGGAAGAAAAAAAAAAAGAAACGCAAACUCCGACGCUAGUGAAAAUCGACCUUCUAAAACUAAUUACUAAGGACGAGGAUCAUGCCUUCAAAGAGAACAAUAUUUGAAAUUCACUGCAAUUCAUUCAUUUCCAUUACUUAAUAUCACCAUUAAUAAUACGUGGGGCAUAUAACGAUGCAAACUACCUGAUAAUCUCGUAUAUGUUCUUAUGGAGCGUUGCUGGAUUGAUGAAUUUGGGAAGAGCCUUUUCCUUGAGAAAUUCGGGGGAUUUAAGUUUGAAUGGUGUAGCAGACGAUAUUCCUCUAAUCAAAUAGCAGCCGCAUUCGUCGAGUUGUAUUGUUCUAUUCCUGCUCUGUUUAUAGGCAGCUGAGCUACACUUUUUUACAUAUAUUGUACACUAGGACGAUUAGUUAACUUCUUGAUGGAGGGAAGUAGUUACUUUUUCCGUCUUCACCUUUUACAUCACUGUUAAUUCCAUGCCGGUAAAUGGAACCAAAUCGACUUUUCUCUUUUGUUUCUUCUAAGUAACCUGAGUUAUGAUGCUUGUUCUCUUGACAACUUUUUCAGCUCCUGUAGCUUCUUUUCUGAUUAUCAACAUCCUUGAAUUUCCGGAUGAGUACGUGGUGCCAGUGGGCUACAACAUAACAAUAGUUUGCACCGCCGACCGUGCAAGGCAAUAUCUCGGAGAUCCAGAUACCUCCCUGCCGUAUUCGAUCGAAUUCUAUUUGAAUGGCACGAAAAAGAAUCAAUGAGAAGAAACGGUUUGCUCCUAUGUCAACGCAAUGCAUCAAAAAGCGAUUCUGAGAAUACAUCUGCUGGGUUCGAAACUCCUGGUUCUGCAGUUGGGUCUAUUCAGCUAGAUUUCAAAGGUUUUAGCAGCUCCAUUUUAAUGUCAUCCGAUAAUGUCAUCAAAAAAACCCUUUGUUAUCAUUGUUAUCAUUAAUUCUUAUUAAAUUACAUCUGCUGGGUUCGAAACUCCUGGUUCUGCACAGUUGGGUUUUUAUUCAUUACCCGCUAGAUUUCAAAGAGACUAUUUUCUGAGCAGCUUCAUUUUCUUUAAUCCUGUUCGUUCAUAUCGAUUUCUCUGAUAAUGUCCGAGAACAAAACUUUUUUCGGUCCAUGGGACAUUGCGUUUUGUUGCCUUUAUAAAUCGACAAUUAUUUUGGUCGAAAUGUUUAGUUUUUUAAACCCCUUCAGACAAACACGGUGGCUUAUCAAUUCGUUUGCGAUCAUUAUCAUCAUCAAAAUGUAUUAUUUUAUAAUUAAAUCAAUUAUAAUUGAAGAAACACUAUUGGCCGUUUUGGCGAGUAAGCGUGUACCGAGGUGCAAGGAAGAAGCAGUUUUAUAUAAACGUAUGGACCGUUUUGGCAGUCUCGACUGUUCUAUCUGUAAAACACACAAGUCACUGUAAACUUAAAUUUUAUAUCGAAAACAGGAAUUAUAAAUAUUUAAAAGCUUUGACUUUUUAGCAUAUAUGGGUUAAAAGUGGCAGUAAAUUACGAUUUCGAUAUCGAUCAAAACAAACAAAUCUGACUGUUCAUCGCACGUAAGUCCAAGUCUCGGCAGGUUUCGGUAUAAAAACGAAACACGUAUCGAUGGAAAGAAAUUUCUUUGUUUUUGAUGCUAAAAUGAUCGAUACAUGAAAGCUUUGUUUGAUGCUAAAACAUCUUUUAACAACAUCUCACUGUUAAAUUAAGUCAAAGAUUACAUGUAAGCGUAUAGCUUUUUAAAAAAUGGGCGAUUGCUUACUAUCGAAUUUCGAUCUUGCAAAACUCCAUUUUGAUCGAUCCAACAUUAUUAGCAAUUUCAAAGCUAUCUAUGCUAGAAAUUUUUCUCUUUGCUGUGUUCAGCUACUGUACAUUCAAACUUGCAAUUAAAAGGAUCGACAAAUCGAUUCGAUUAUAAUAUUCUGUAUUUUAAGGUGGUUUUGGGAUUAUCCUCAACGAGGCACACAAGGGUAUAGGUUUGGGUUUUCUGUGGUUACUUCUUUGCUUGUUGUUGAAUCUCAUAACAAGGCAAUGAAAUAUUGAUAAAUCCUUUAUUUAUUUACUUUUUUUUCAGAGAAGAUGAACUUUAUCUUAAAUCAAACGAUAAGUGCAGCAACACUUUUCGAAGUUUUCUGAUGAUGAAUUAACUUAAAGAAGAUGCCGAUAGUUUCUCUUUGAAGUACCUGUAUCAGAGUGACAAUAAUAUGAAUAAAGAUCUUACUCAUGGGAAGAUCUGGGUUUUUUACUCCUUUGUAGUAACUUAGCAUGUACAAUAAGCACUUCAGCAACCAGGAAAAAUUUAAGAUCCUGGCAUAAUUAUUCCAACCAUUAUGUUCUCUUGCUUUUCAUAUAGGAUGUUAUUUCAAAGAUUUUUCACUCAAAAUAUUAGUUUACUACCUAAGAUUGUGACUGAAGCUCAUGCUAAUUUGAAGAAAAAGAAAACUAGCUGCAACACUACCUUGAAGCAUUAUGCUGUCAUGGUCAAGUACACCCCUUUGGAACGUUCGAUAGUAUUUUUUUCCAUUUAUUCAUCAUCAGUUCAUCAUCAAAGUUCAUAUGGGUUGUGGUGCAUUACUGCAUAGUGCAUUUUCUCCGGGCGCUCUAUCAUUUUAUGAACUAAAAGAAGGCCGGGCUCACGCACUCGUGCGUCUUGUUCAAAGUAAUUCCUAGUUUAAAAACAUGGCUAAAUCAUGCUUACCUCCAUCGAUGUUAAGUUUACCUUCGAUAGUGCACGUUUAGGGUUUUUCAGCUCCGCAAAUGUUCUACAAAUAGCAAAUGUCGCCCUUCGAGUUGUGUUCUUGCUGUUCUUGCCAUGUCUUUAGCGAUAAUUUCGCCUAGUUCUUUCUCUUAAAACGAGUGAAAUGUCCGCCAUUUUUUGUUUUCACAAACUCAACCUCGUCCCCAGGUCAUCUCGGUUAACGGUGCCUUGACCUGCAAGAACGCUGCAUUUUUGACGUCAUUUCCUUGUUAAACACAAAAUCCUUCCAAUUUUGGUCAUCCGUAACUGGUUAUGGUGAAUUAUGCGUGUGCUUUUAGCCAAUCAGAAUCGGGGAAAUAUUUUGAAUUUUUUAUUUCCUCUUUCGCAAGGCUUUUUCUGGGCAAAUUACGAGAAGAAAGAUGACAGUUGAUUAGAAAACCAGGACGUAAUACCAGUUGCAUUUAUUCAAUUUGAAAGGGCUGGUAGUAAUUGAAGUCCUCACAGCCUAUCCUUCCUUUGCUAUUAACUUGGUUAAGAGUAUGACUGUUUCCUCAAUUAGUGAAAUGGGAAGAAAAAAGAGACGCUAAAAAAGGCUAGCUCCUAAGUAAACCAUGACGUAAAAAAGGGCGCAAUCAUUCAACAAUUUGAACGCCUUAGGGCUGGUAACAAUUAAAGUUCUUAGUAACUAUAUAUGACUGAUCGAUGAUACCAUGGCCAGUUACAGAUUAUAAAGCGGGGCGCGCUAAUCAAGAACGUCCGCGCGUUAGUUUUUAAAAAUGUGGGUUUGCUUUUGUUAUGCAUGCACUAUUAAUAUUAUGGACUGUACGAACAAAGUAUGGUGAAUCUAUGCUUACCGUUUUCCCGCAAUUACGCUUGCUUGUUACCCAUUUUCCUUUCUGGGAUACUUUUCCGUAAUUAUUUUUGGCAAAAUACGUUAGUACAAAAUAACUGCUUUGGCCGCACAAAACACAAACAAAAUAAAAGGGUAAGCUGGCCUAGUAAUUUGGUAAACCUUUUGUAAACUACGAUAAUCUAACUAUUAAAAUUUCCUCUAUGAUUCAGACCCAGUAUCACCAACUUUUUCUCUCGAUCUGCCUCGACAAGUUACUGUUCCCUCCACAAGCAAAUUCAACCUGACUUGCCAAGCAUCCGGAAUUCCGCUGCCAACCAUCACUUGGUUUAAGAAUGGAAGUCUUCCCCUCCUGCAUUCUUCAAUUAGUACUAUCAAGGGUCAUUCCCUGUUACGUUUUGAGUCGAUCAAAAGAGAAGACAGAGGGGAGUACUGGUGUGAGGCGAGCAAUUUUGCUGGUUGGAAAAGGUCAUCGACUGCAACUCUUGCGGGUAAAUAUUAUCAUUUUUGUAUCAAGGAUAUGUCCAGUGCUUCAGAGGAAAGAUAAGGUAGGGGCCCUCCAUAAAACUAACAAGUACUGGGUACUAUAAUUAUAGCUGGAAAUUACUUCGGGGUUACAACAUGACAUCUAACAAUAAAACUGUUUCCCGCCAAAAUUUCCGAGCGGGCAACAUUGCAAAAUCUAUGACGUCAGAGGGUAACACGGAAUGUUGACCGACAACCGCGGUUACAACGAAGUUAAAUGAAUUUCCUGCUUCAAAAUUUUCAGCCACAUAAUAAAUCAAAAAAGUUCUCAAUGUUUAACUCGGCCUCGCCUCGGGAAAUAUUGAGAUUCUCGGGAAUCAAAAUUAGCUGUUUCCCUCGAGACCAGUUAUUAAGUGCUUAUUGUUUGCAAUUGCAUUGCUACAUGGGGAGAUUUUAUAUCAUUAACAUUCGUUCUCUUGCUUUAUUCUUUAGUGUUGUGGAAGCCCUUCUUCACAAUGCAUCCCCAAGACAGUACUGUGAAAUUACAAUCUGGAACUGCAGUUGUAGCCCUAAAAUGUGCUGCAGAAGGCUUCCCUCCUCCAGUUAUAAUCUGGUUAAGAAACAACUCGACAGUCGUCAACGACUCCGUGACCAGCAAUGGAAGUGUUUCUACUCUCAACCUUGUUUUACAUACUAUAAAGGAAGAGAAUCCUAAUUAUUUGUGUGUGGCAACAAAUACCAUGGGAAGAACUUAUUCCAGCGAAGCAGCUUUGACGUUCGCAGAGAUACCCACUCCAAAGUCUCUAUCAACCCUAAAAGGUAGCAGGAUAAAAUAUGUUCCAAGCUUUCAAGAGGCUUUAAAGUCUGUUAUAUUUAACACAGUUUUGAUGAUAAACCGACUGCUUUCGUAUCAGCCGUUCACCCGGACGAUCAUACGCAACCUACUUAUGAAAUGACUCCUGGGUUAAACCUUUCACGGUAGUAAACAGAUCAAUUAAGAAUUUAAUCCAUUGGUUGUUUCCACUACUAGCCUGGUAUAUCGUUCUAGCAUGCAUCAAAUGAGAAGUGACCUUUACCUGAACUACACCAGUAUUCUGGAUUCGGUCAGAUUGAAAAAUCUUCCAUGAAAAUAUUUUUUGACACAUUUUCAUGUAGUUCAAAAAGAAGACUAAAAGGAUGGAAAUUUUAACUCAGUACCCCACAUGCGAACUCACCUGUGCAGAAAUAAAGAGAUAAGUCUAAAUCUGGUCCAACUCAAACGAAUAGAAAAAUUAAUAAAUAAAAAAAAUGUGGAAUAAAGAACACCCCACUAGCCUUCUCCCCACCCUCUCCCCCGCCCCACCCUCCCCCGAAAUGCAUGGAGAUCGAUUAAUCUAUUAAUAAAGGUUGGUUUGGGCAUUGGGAAGAUAUUGCUUGGUGGGCACUCAAGCAAAGCAUUCCUUUAGGUUCCGUAUGCCCAAAUGCCUAAUGCCAAGGCAACCUUUAUUAUAUUGAAUCAGCUAUAUGUGCUUUUAGCUUCCGCGGACGAUGCUAUGUCUCAACUACUCUGGCCAUCUAUCAUUGUCGGAAUUGUAGCUGUACUUGUUGUUGUCAUGAUCAUCAUCGUAUUGAAACAAAAAUGGUGGAUGAGGGCCAACAGCCAACGUAAUUUGGAGGUAUGUGAAAGAAACGAUUUUUCAUUUGUUUAUAUCUACUGUUAAUAAUAACAAAUACGUACAAUGCACAAGACUGAAUGCUUGUGUCACUGACGCAGGACUGGGACUCAGGGGCACGCAACGGAAAAUUUAGAGAAAAAGAACUAAAAACAACAACAAAGCAUGAAUAAGGCUUUCUGAAGCCAUUUUAAGCAUUUUGGGAGAUUGCUGGAAAACAUUUAACUGUUCCUCACUCCCCUGAAGACUGAUUGAAGAGUUCCCAGCCAGCAAGGUGCGCCUACGAGCUGCAACCUUACUGGGAUGUUUCUCAGCAGACGUAUGUGCAGGCAUUUCUGGAGAGUAGGAAAAUGGGUGUGACCCGAGGGCAAAAUUCACCCCUUCAGUGGGGAGGGAAAUUAGUUUAUGACAAAUAACCCUUAGCAGUUAUUCUAGACAUCAAAUCACUUCACACACCCUGGAUUGUCUUUUUCCCAGCUACACUUUCCUUCCAAGGACAUAUUACUUUUUCCACAUCUCCCAGCGAGCAAACAAUUGCCUGAAGAAGAGAAAUUUUGAGGAAACGAUCCAUUGGGCGCCCCUGAGGACUCUUAUGAUAGGGUCAUAAAGAGUUUUCAUGGACAGGAUUUCCCCAAAAAACGGCCUUAAACGCUGUCAAAAGUAUGAAACUAAUAGCAGAUAUAUAACAGAAAAUCCGGUCAAAUAUGAAGACAAUAAACGCAUUUAUACGAGAAAAAAUAAGCCGCGAACUUUCCGUAUAAACAGCACAUUUCGUUUCAAAUAAGACGCGGCUUAGCUAAGACGCGCCUUAUAUCAGAACAGUCCUAACACCUGUUGUUAGAUAAGACGUGUCUUAGCUAAGACGAGAAAAACUUCGUAUAAAUGACCCUCGCGUCUUACAAAAGACGCGAACGUACAGUACACAUGCGUUAUUUUUUGGCGCGCCAUGGUGGAUUGCCGUUGCUACUGGCAACAUUCACAUGAAAACGAGGCAAGAACAGAAAUAAGACGUGAACUAUUUAUACGAGCUGCUUUCGUCUUAGAUAAGACAUGCUCUUAUAAAUGCCACAGUUCGCGUCUUAUGUAAGACGCGUCCUAUUUUUCCUCGUAUAAAUGGCCCUUAAUACCUUGCUCUCAUUAUUGGACAUGAAAUAUAAUUCAUGAAAUAUCAAAUUUUUGCUUGCGGAAUCCGGAAUUGAAUCCGGGAAAUCUCUCCUGUGGAAGUCUGAUCCUAGCCUUUGGAAUCCAGAAUACAGCUCAAGUAAUCCCGAAUCCACAUUCCACUGACAAAAAAUGAAGGAAUCCAGUACCUGGAAUUGGAAUUGGACUGAUUAUUAAUCGAGUCAAACUAUUUUAAGGAGGCAUAGAAUGUUUUCAUUUGAUUUAGAAAAAUAUGAUAAAUGGAUAACAAUACAGAAAAAUAUAUUACUAGAUUGUCUUAGCCAAUAAGUCUUUUUUCUGUCUCACAUAAGUUACCGAAAGAAAAAAAUGAUUUAACAGGGCAAUUUGAGCAUGGCCUCUUUCCAUGUUUACCUCUAAUAGAUAGAUUCAGCGACGGACCAUAAGAAAAGCUACGCCCCUGCCAGAGCGGGACUCGAACCAGGGACCGUCGGGUUGCGAGUCCGACGCGCUGAACACUCAGCCACGCUGCCUCCUACAAAAAAUUACAACAAAUAAGCUUAAACCUAUGCAAAUCCAGAAAUUUAUACUUGAUUGAUUUUAAAACAAAACGAGAAAAUUAUAAAUCAAAUUCGGUGGCAGUAAUAGUACAUACAUAACAUACUUUAUUGUUACCUCCCCAAAGGGGCUUUUGAGGAACAAUGAUUAUAUUACAUUAUUUAUAAUUAACUGAAUGGUUCCAACACUUAAUCUAAUACUAAUUACAAUGUAAGCUACUUACUAAUUUCAAUGUUUUAAACUUAAUUAAGAAUUAUUUACAAAAUUGUCUAAAAGCUGGCUCCUUAAGGAUCGUUUAAAAAUUUCAACAGAUGGACUUAACUUGAGAAAAGAUUCCAAAUUGUUCCAAAAUUUAACAAUCCUGUAAUAAAAGGUUCUCUGUCCGGAGGCAGUUCUGAAAAGAGAGAUGUUUAGCUUUUGGCUACUCCGAGUUGUUCGUUCGCUAACUUGCUCACGGGUAAUAAAUUGGGAUGUGAGAUAUUCAGGGGCUUGACCGGUCAUGCAUUUGAAGGCCAUCAUAGGUUGGCGAUAGUACAGACAGGCUUUUUAAGAGGGGUGUUACAUGAUCAUAUUUUUUCGCACCGCUGACGAUUCGGCAAGCAAAGUUUUGAACUGCCAGCAAUUUUCUAACGUUCUUAUUUGUGGUAUUUGCCCAAACAUUCGAACAGUGGUACAUUUUGCUGAAGACUAAGGCAUGUAUUACGGUUUACAACGAAUUUUUGUCCAAGCAAUGUUUGACCAGGUUAAUUUGCGCUAGACGUGCGAUACAUUCCGACGCUGAGGUCAUUAUAUGGUUAUCAAAUGUUAAAGGGACUCGUUCACGAUAAUGCACAUGUGUGAGUUCGGACAUUAGCUGAUUGUUUUUAAGCCAAUCGGAAGCGAGUUAGAUGCACGCAAGUAAAUUUACAAAAUUCAAAUUCAUUGUUCGCGACGCAAGAGUAUUUCCGGGCAUUUGGUUUGAUUUUAUAUAUCCCCAUAAUUCAAGUUUAUUCUUUGCUACUCCUCAGAUAUAUGUUGCAGCCGAUAAGAAUAAGAUUUACAGCCCUGUCCUGCUUUGAAACAAACAUUUACCAACGUGUAUUUUUACGAGUUCGUACCCACGCUAACAAAAAGCAGUCACCGAUCGGCAAACAAAAUUUGUAAACAAACAUUUCAUUACGGUUCUCUGAGUUCGCCUUAUAUAAACCCAGAAAUACCUACAAAUAGCUCCUGACCGGUGACAAAAGCACACAACGUAUGGGCAUAAAGAUUAUCCUUCGUUUUGAGCAUAAAUUUCAAUCGCUUAUCAGCAAAUGAACAAAUUCAUUCGCGUUGCAUCGGGUCAGUGUUCCGGAAAACAAAUGUUAUCGAGUUGAACACAUAAAGAAACGAGAUUAUAAACAGAAUAUUCAGGCAAUAAUUAGUUUUAAAAACAUCAAUUCUUAAACAUAUACGAUCGUAAAACAAAGAUACAAGGAACAUUUCAAGCGUACCAGAUCGGUGAAGAUCGCGCGGCCUGUUGCGGUAUAACUACAGGUCGGAGUCAACAAUCAAAUCAAAGUUGAACGAACUCAUGCCUUUAAAAACGUUCCAAGUGUCGUGUAUUCUUUUCGUAAGCCACACACUACUCCUAGAACCACACCAGAUUGAUCGGCUAAGCUUCUCUGUCUCCAAAGACUCUUGAGAACGUCCUGUUGCCGGACGGCCACGAUGCUCUUCUGAACCUCCAUGAUCAAAACAUUAUUUUUUGGGUCUUCUUAAAACUUAACCAGUCAAACAACACAACCACACGUUAAUCACCACUACCAAAGUAUAACUAGGCCAGCCAAAGCGAUGGAUGUCGGAAUAGAACGAAGGAUUUUCAAUGAUUGUACCAGUAAUGGCGAUUUCGAAUUUAGUAAGUUAGCUGUUAAACCAUUUUAGCGCGCUGGUUGAGGCGCCGACGCUUUGUAUUUUACGUAACAAUAUCUGGUGGUCAACGCUGUCGAAGGCUUUACUCAUAUCUAAAAGCACGCAGGCAGUCAAUUUCUUAGCAUCAAUUCCUUUGAGAAAUGCAUCAGUUGUAUGAAUUAAAGAUGUUUCAGUAGAGAACCAUUUUUUGUUGCCGCUUUGUUUUGUGGUAAGCCUCUCCUUGGUUGUCAAAUAGGUGACAAACUGAUUAUAUGCCACUCUUUCGCAAAGCUUUGACAAUGCAGGUAGCAGGGAAAUCGGUCUGUUAUUGUUAGGAAGUUCGUGGUUCCCUUGUUUGGGAAUAGGUGUAAUUUCGGCAGUUUUCCAGACCUCUGGGAAUUUUGAAGCUAAAAGCGGAAGUAUUGAUGAUUGACGUAAUAAAAGGGAGCCGUCACCCCUUCCCCAAAUACACUCCUUCGAGAAGCUAAAAGUUCGCCUUGAAAUUGUAUUAAGCAACAACAGAAUUGUCAGAUUCUAACCUUAGCCCAUAAUUUCAAUAAAAUUUAGCUGGUCAAGACGCAGCAAGAAUUUAUCGAGUUGAAAAUAAGAAAUGACCCAGAAUUCAUUAACCAGCUGCGAAGCAGUGAAUCCACUGGCACUAUCAGCACAGUUUCCACUCAGGAGAGCACGCUGUCUACCACGGAUGGUCAAGAAGAAGCCAUCGACAACGAAUUAUACUUACAAGACAUGGACACAGAAAAUCGAAACUGGGAAAUCCCUCGAAAUAGGCUAGUUAUAACAGAAGAAAAGCUUGGCGUAGGGGAGUUUGGUAUUGUAACCAAAGGAGUGUAUUUACGAACUGACGGAAAUAAGCUUCCUGUGGCUGUUAAAAGACUUAAAGGUUCGUUUUGUUAGUUUUUACAGGUUUUGUUUACCAUUAAUAAGUUGAGGCAUAUGUUUUAGGUAUGUGCAGUUUAUGUAAGUGUUUUAUGUCCCGAUUUGAAAACUGGAACUUCAAGAUCAAGUUUGAUGUUAUUUGAAAUUACCUUUUUUGUCUGAAAACAGGUACAUGCACUGGUUGUUCAUUUGAUACGGAAACCAUACACAAACCUCACUUUGACAAAGAGCUACCCUACGAGCCUCCCCUUGAUCGAGGGGCAGAAUAGGAGGCUCUGCCUGAGUCGUUUCAAGCCUUUCAAGUCGCCGCAGCCCGAACCUCUUGAACAGUUUAUCUUAUUUUCUCUGACUCGUGAAACUGUUUUAUCGGACGGAAGCAUCCGUUUGUGGAAAACCGAUGGUCAUAACUUAGCUCUCUGUGCCACAUGCACCGCUAAUAGGCUAAGGACCGCAGCUCUAGCUGGAACAGAACGCUAUUAGGACUACUACUCAAUUCAGGCAGGGUCUUUCUCGAGUACGCAAAAAUUGAGCAGGCGAAAGAAAAGCUCUGUUGGUAGGCGAAGGGCGUCGAGGUGCUAGGAAUCAAACUUUAAGAUUCCAAUUAUUUUUGAGGUGCAUGGUAAAUUCAUUUUCAAUCAACCUCAGUUGUUUCUGUUUCAGUAUCCCACACUUUCAGCAUCACAAUUUUUCUUUUUUUUAAUUUCUAAAACACUGCAAGUGACCUCUUUAUUCACUAUCAGGGAAAUUAGAAGACUGGUGUUGCCUUGUUUGGUCCAAACACACCAGCUGAACUUGAGUCGGCUGUGUUCAUAUAUCUUAUAACAUAUAUUGGCUGCGAUUUUUUCUAUUUUUGUGCACAAUCGGCCCUUCACGAGCUUAUCUAUACAAUAUGUUUGCUAUUAGAGGAUGAAUGAGCCUGGAUAAUGUAAUGUUAGCUGCACGUUCCUUCCUUUUUUAGAAAAUGCAGAUCAGCAAGAAAGAAUAGCACUCAUUCGUGAAUUAGCAAUCCUCAUUCACGUUGGCCGCCAUCCAAAUAUAGUGAGCUUGGUUGGAGCUUGUACAUUUGAAGGUAACGAAAGUCUGAGCAUAGUCGAAUCACCAUGAGCCACGCGUCUAAAAAUUAAAUACUCGUGCAUCAAUUUUAUAAAACUUUCUUAAUGCGUUAGCUUGCUCCUUGGAGGAAUCCCAUUUCUUGAUCAUAAGCGUUGGAACAAUUGAAAACAACGAAUCUCAACAGGAGUGUAGAUAGACAUUCCCUUAAGAUAUGCACACUUAUGAACUGUAAUCGGGGUUGUGACACGGUACAGCUACAGGUGACGAAACUCUACUAGGGCAUCAUUUUACUUUGCAAAACGAGAACUUUAGCAAAUGCUUGAACAUUUGAAAGAUAAAAAAACUUUCGUCACCUGAGAACAUACGCUAGCUCGUGAGGCACACAUCACUUGAUUAAACCUGAAACAUUUCCGCUGAAACUACCUUUAAAUUUUAUUAUUAUUGUUGUUAUUAUUAUUUUUAAUUAUUAUUAUUAUUAUUAUUAUUAUUAUUGUUAUUAUUUUUUUUUAUUAUUUAUUUUUGUUGUUGUUGUUGUUGAAUAUAGGGCAUGCGUUGCGGUUAGUUCGCAUAUUUCAGAAAACUCUAUAGCACAAAACAGGGGGCCUUCAGAUCAAUGUAAUAUUAUUCUGAAUUAUCUUAACACCCAGGUAUCCAUUCAUUAAAUAUAUACUUUCUAAAUUAACUUUUUAUAUCUCACUAUCUACAGUAUUUACUUUCCAUCUUCUGAUUUACUAAUACAUUUUUUUGUUUGGCAGAGCCGCUUUGUGUUGUUGUUGAGCUGGUUUCUGGUGGAAGCCUUGAUAAAAUACUCCGCAGUAGUCAUGUUCAACCCGAGAGAGACCUUCCAACUUACUCAAACAUCUGGUCGCGGCUGACUGAGAGGGAACUUUUAAAGAUUGCUUUAGACGUUGCUAAUGGUAUGAAGCACUUGGAAAGUAAAAAGGUAAGAUUGAAAUCGAUCUCUGGAGUGAGCAGUUAUUGAAAGUGAUAGCUGAACAAUCUUAUAACGAAAUUUGAAUAGAAAAAGCAGCCGUUAUAAUUAUACUAGCACUAAAACAUUGUGAACUUUUUUCCUAAACGAAAAAUAAAUCCUUUUUAAACCAAUCCAUUAAAAUAAAGCUGCUUUCCACUCAUAUUUGACAGUUACUUGAGACCCGAGCGCUAUACAUACCUUGCAUGAUGGCAUAAGUUUCAAAUGUCUAUGAGCAUAAAGGAAGGUUAAUUCAUUUAUUAGUCCAUUUAUUUUGCAGAAAAAUCAAUCUCGUCUGUAAUUCGUAAAAUCCAGUCAUUAUAGGCGUUCCGUGGCCCUGAUCGUGAAAUCUUAAUAAACAGCCUCAGAGGGAUCUUAACUCUUAACAGUCAAAACCCCCAAAAGUACUACUAAAACGCCGCAACUAAUAACCUGGCUCCAGUUGGUCAAAAUCUGGAUAGCGAUCCAGUGGUAUACGAGAAACCAAUUGUUCUUACUAUACUGGGUAGAGUUUGAGUGAUCUACCUUUUCAACAACUGGCGCCAGCACAAGAGGAGGUGAUCAAUUUAGACCUUCAUGUAAAUGUAUUGUUGCUGUUGUUGCUGUUGUUGUUAUAUUAUUUUUUUUCUUUGCAAACACAGUGUGUUCAUCGUGACCUCGCUUCUAGAAAUGUUUUGGUUGGAGGCGGCCUGGUGGCAAAAGUUGCUGAUUUCGGAAUGUCGCGUGACAUAUCCAGAGAUGGACACUACAUUAAGACCACGCAGGUAAAAAGUUCUUAGUAACUGUUUCUUGUAUCUUUUCGACAUUUUACAAUCAAAACAGAAAAUUGUUUUUUUUUUGUUGUUUUUUUUUUAUCUGUUUGUUUGUAAUGGGAUUGCAGGUGGACAGUCGGGUGUACCAAAACGUUAUGCUGGAGAACAAGAAACGUUUGGGGGCAAGAGAAACAAAGAGCUUACAUUAUUUAAAAUGGUUAUUGCCAUUUGCAAUUCCGAAACCUGUCUGUUUGUCCUAUCCUUGUGCGUUUCUUCCUUCUUCGGCAAGGCUUUUUACCACGUGACUCAAGUUAACACCUGCAAAGAAGCUAUUGGCCCCCAAGCUGGUACAGUUCGUUGGGAUAGUUCUGAUAGCUAUUAAUAUGCAGUCAUAAAUGACUGUGUCUCUUCAAGCCAAGUGGCUAGUAGUCUACUAGGGUCAAAGAUAAGCCCCGUUGGUGUCUUCCCCUGUCUUCCCUUAAUUAAUAUGUGUAAGGGUCGAGUCUAUGACGCCACCCAUUGUUUUAUCCUAGAGAAAAAUGCGUUCCUCCGUCUUAAUUUAAGUGCCUAGUCAGUGUCUUCCUGCAUUCUAAGUGGAUAGGUUUACUAAUGAGCGUCACUCUACUUCAAUAGGAACAAUAGGCUUGCCUAGACUUGCCCGUGAAGUAACUUGAGCUCGGUUUUCGGACCGUCUAUUAAAAGUAAAAUAGGAAUAAGAGAAGCGAUCACCUAGCAAGGCGAGAAACGGCUUCCUAUAUCUUAUUUAGCGCUAAAACCCAGAUAUACAUAAACACAAAGGGAGUUGAAAAGUCUUUAUUUCAAUUUAGUUUACGUCCUCUUAUUUAGCGCUAAAACUCGUAUAUACAUAAACAAAACAUACACAAAUUGGAGCUGAAAACUCUUUAUUUCAAGUUUGUCUGACAUUUUCUCCUUUCUAUCUCGAGGAAAUGAAAGUCUUGUCAUUUUCACGCGCUGUUAAUCAGUUAAUUAUGCGAGUUCACAAGCCCAAAGUUGAAUACAAAUUAGCUCUACAGGAAAAACCUCAAGGGAGCAACCUUGACGUAUUAUUAUAAAACAAAUAACUUAACAAGCAUCAAGUAAAACACGCGACUCAUAAUUGCUAGCAAUAAAAAGACACGAGAGAUACCGUUUUAAACAACUUUAUUAAAAACAAAAAGAGUCAUACACAGGAAUGGAAAUUAAUUAAUCUUCAUCUUCGUUCUCCUCUGUAGAAGGGGAAUAGAAAUUGGUUUCCAACGUCUUCGCGUUUUUGUGUGUAACUGCUCCGCAAUCGUGACACCGAAGAAAGCCCUCUUUCAGGUAAUGUCUUCCCUCGGGAAUCUGGUGAUCGCAUAUAGGACAAAUCUUGUAGUAAUCGUGCCAAAGGUAUUUAGGACAUUUCAUGAUCAAUGUCCCGUACACAUUAGAGUUUUCGCAGUGUUCACAGGGACUUUUGGAGUGAAAGGUGGUGGACGUUUCAGGGUUACUACUUUCUAUCUCCUGACUGUCGUUUUCAGUGUCGUUGUCGCUCUCUUGGGUGUCUUCCGCUUCAACGCCAUUUUCAGAAGCCACUUCCUCCUCCUCCUCCUGAUUUUCAAUAUCCGAUGAACUCUCCUCAUUAUUACUCUCGUUAUCGGAAGUAUUUUCUACAUUUUGGUAGCCUUUUUCUUUUUCUAUUAAAUCACUUAACAACUUUUUGUUCUUGAUUAAACCUUUAUCGAUUCCUAACUCUGCCAGUCCAUCUAGAAACGUAUUCAGCGCACGAGGCUUGGUAACCUCAUUGUUAUGAGGGAGUAACACAUACUCAACUAACUCAGCGAUGUUUGUAACGGGAAUAGUGCGUUUAUUUGGAAGUAAUUGUCUGCUGGGGGUCCAGAAAAGAAUACCUUUGGACGCAGCCAUACUAUGCAGCAAAUCAGAAGCACGCUUUUCCGGCACUGCUCGGGAAAGAUGACUCAAAACAUCUUUUAUUCUUGGUUCUUCAUCCUCGCUUUCAUCACCAGAACUUUCGCUUUCUUCAUGUGCACUCUCGUGAUCUUCUUCUUCAACCAAAUCUAUCUUUCUCUUCAUUUUUGAUGAGAACCCGUGACAGACGUAGCUUCGAAUGAUCAACCUAGCGAUGUGUCACCUCUUUUAUAGCAUUAGAAAUCCUAAGCUUGAAACGACAGGGGCUAAUACAUCUUCAAUAAAACCACUACCCUCUUGAACAAGGACUCGCUUCUUUGUUUUGAAAGGGACAUUUGGACUGGCCAGGUUAAGUAAAGCUUCCUUAUAUGGCAGCAAUACCCGCUUAUUUUCUUCGGAGAUAGGAAUGUGUCCCAUGAGUAAAUUGCAUAAGACUUGGACUAGCGCAUGAAGUUGCUGUGGUGUAGCUGUCUUUAAAAGAAACUGGCGCUGAUAAGCGGGACAAGCAAGUGGUGGUGGAGGGAAAACAAUAUAAAUGUGGCGGUGGUGGUGGUGGUGGGGCGGAAAACAAUAGAAAUGUUGUGGCGAAGGGGGUGGUGGAAGGAAAACAAUAGAAAUGUGGCGGCGGUGGUGGUGGUGGAAGGAAAACAAUAGAAAUGUGGUGGUGGUGGUGGUGGAGGGAAAACAAUAGAAAUGUGGUGGUGGUGGUGGUGGAGGAGGGGAAACAAUAGAAAUGUGGUGGUGGUAGUGGUGGUCUUGCGGAAGGAAAACAGUAGAAUCUUGUGGCCUGAAAACCUAUAUAAAUGCGCAACAUUCUACCUCUUUCUCAGUCUACAUUUUGCUUCUGAGGAGUUGACAUGAGUUGGUUCUGUUCUGUCUGCGAAAAAUCCUUUAGUAGAAAAGAUAGUAUGCAAAGGCACGUGAUGUCUAAACACCGCAAUGCUGGUCUCACCCCAUUCAAACAGUUCCAAUAUUUUCACAGAAAUGUCAGCGGUUUCUCUUCGAGCAUCCUUUCACCUCCAUGAUUGCCGGAAUGACCGGGUGCGGAGAGGAUCGUUUGGUGUUAUUCACAAUGGCAGCCUUCGUAUACACGAAUGUUAGUCGCCAUGCCAAACAUUGAAUUCGUCAAGGGAAUUCCUACGGCUUUGGAGCAGGAUUCCUAUUUUGAUGUGAACAAACGGAAUUUGAUCGUGUUUGAUGAUCAGAUGAUUGACGCCAGUGAAGACAAGCGAAUUGUGAACCUCUUUACUCGUGGUUCUCAUCAUCGCAAUCUGGGCGUGAUUUAUAUCGUGCAUAAUCUAUUUCAUCAGGGGAAAGGUAGCCGCAGCAUAAGCCUAAACAGCUAUUAUCUGGUGUUAUUCAAGAAUCCACGAGACAAAAUGCAAAUCUUGACUCUAGCGAAGCAAAUGUAUCCCGGGCAGACGGAUUUCUUUUUAAAUCAGUACGAAGAGGCUGUAAAAAGACCUUUUGGUUAUCUUCUGAUUGAUCUGAAAACUACUACCCAAGAUAAUUGUCGGUUGCGAACAAACGUCCUGCCCAGUGAAAAAGGCUUUAACCAAGAAGGGUUUCAAGAAAAUAUUCCUCAAGAGCUCCUAAAAUAUCUGAAGCAGCAAACUCUCUCGCCUGUCCCACUUCUUCAGCUAUGCAAGAAAUACAGGGCAACAUGGAUGACGUGCUUUCUCGAAACGAUCUUCGGGACGAUGAAAAAGCUAAGCGAUACGUUCGGUUGCAAAACAGAUACCUGGCUUUUAAAGAACAAUUAAAUACAAGAACACAACCGGAAGAAAUAAUCAGUACUGUUCCAGACUUAACAUCAAGGACACAAGAUUCUUCGACAGCAACGACAGCAUUCUCGACUCCCCUAAACCCCUUUAAUGUAACACCUGAAUUAACACAAGCGGAUAUCUCUCAAACACCUGACUAAGAAAGCCUCACCCCUCCACCACCCUUAAAUCCUGCUUUCCUGACCCCUCCUCCCACAGUAGAAACCCCGUCUUAACAUGACCCGAAGCGCAAAAGACGUCGGAUUCAAUUUCUAAAUUAUUUGGAUGAUCAUAAAUCACAUGGCAAACAGCUGAAGAAACGUCGGCAUAAGAAAUUCAAACCUUACAAGUACUCCAUGGGCGAAGAUGAAGAUUAAUUAUUUUCCAUUCCUGUGUAUUUGACUCUUUUUGUUUUUAAUAAAGUUUUUUAAAACGGUAUCUCUCUUGUCUGGUUUUAUUGCUAGCAAUUAUGAGUCGCGCGUUUUAAUUGAUCCUUGUUAAGUUAUUUGUUUUAUAAUAAUACGCCAAGGUGCUCCCUUGAGGUUUUUCCUGUAGAACUAAUUUGUAUUCAACUUUGGGCUUGUGAACUCGCAUAAUUAACUGAUUAACCGUGCGUGAAAAUGACAAGAUUUUCAUUUCCUCGAGAUUGAUGGGAGAAAACAUCAUACAAACUUAGAGAGUUCUCAGCUCCAAUUUGUGUAUGUUUUGUUUAUGUAUAUCCGAGUUUUAGCGCUAAAUAAGAAGACGUAAGCUAAAUUGAAAUAAAGACUUUUCAACUCCCUUUGUGUUUAUGUAUAUCUGAGUUUUAGCGCUAAAUAAGAUAUAGGAAGCCGUUUCUCGCCUUGCUAGGUGAUCGCUUCUCUUAUUCCUAUUUUACUUUUAAUAGACGGUCCGAAAACCGAGCUCAAGUUACUUCACGGGCAAGUCUAGGCAAGCCUAUUGUUCCUAUUGAAGUAGAGUGACGCUCAUUAGUAAACCUAUCCACUUAGAAUGCAGGAAGACACUGACUAGGCACUUAAAUUAAUACGGAGGAACGCAUUUUUUUCUCUAGGAUAAAACAAUGGGUGACGUUAUAGACUCGACCCUUACACAUAUUAAUUAAGGGAAGACAGGGGAAGACACCAACGGGGCUUAUCUUUGACCCUAGUAGACUACUGUGGCUAUAUUGGGAAAUACAGGAUCCGAGGUUAGGAAAUAGAAAGCAUAUUACAUCUUUUAUUUUAAAGAAGCUAUUACUCAGAACACCAUCUAAUAGGGGUCAUUAUCGUUAUACGCAAGGGGAGAAUUCCGUGGCUUUGGAUGUCUAUAGAAGCUUUGAAGGGAAUCAGUACCAUCAAAGGAGAUGUGUAAGUUGUACUAGUGUCUCAAAAUAUGUGUGUAACUGAAAAGUUCAUAUAUUUGUACAGUCAUCACUGUGUUUGCAUCUUGAUAGUUUAAAUGAUUUAUAUCACCAACAGAUGGUCCUUCGGUGUCGUUCUUUGGGAAAUUGUUACACUUGGUAAGUUCUAAUAACUAAUGAUUUCUUGAACUUGAAAGGAUAUAAAAUUUCUCUGAACAGAAAGGAACAGCAUUUUUUACCUGCCUAACGUAAUUCUAAUGCUACGUGUCUUUCGAAGACGUCUCAAAGUAGAAUAUUAUUAUAAACGAUAUUAGCUGCUUCACUUAAAAACUCCGUGCUGACGACCUGAGUCGUCUCAAGAAAUUAAAGUGGUCAGGAGAUUGAGGCGAUUUAUGAAAUGCUGGACAUUAAUACGGACUUUUGGGCGAUGGGUAGAACUCAAACAAUCCCCUCAACUACUUCAGCCGAAAGACUAGUAAAAUAACGGUUACCCAGGUUUUCAUUUUUGCUUUUCAUUUAAAAAAUCCAGGUAAGCCUGGUUCAACCAGGGUUGAACAAGCUUGCCAGGCUUUAAACUAGAAUCUUGAUGCAAGGAGAAGAUGAUAUUUAGAUUGGGUUUUGUUUGCCUCAUUAUUCGUCCUAAUUCGUCAGGGGUGAUUGAGACGAUUCUGACAGCUACUUGGAAAGGGAUAUAUCAACAAGAUAGUAACCCUCCGAAACCUGUCCUUUAUAGGAGAGCUGCCUUACAGGGGAGUAACUGGAUUGGUGGAGCUUCAUGAAUUGCUGUUAGAAGGCGCUCGAUUGGAGAAACCCGCUCACUGUUCUGAAGAAUUGUAA